AUGCCAAAAUUAGCUGGAAAAUUCCUUAAUUUGCUUUUCUCUACAUGGUUCAUGGACCUCAUCUUUGAUGAAUUUAGAGAUGGCAAGAUCAAUCUAGAUAAGACCUUGAAACUGCUAAAUAAGUUUGACGUCAGUUACGACUACGUUCAUGUGAAAAAGGUGUUUAAGGUGAGAAAAUCAUGUUUGUAUUAAGAAUAUAUAGUAGUAUCGAUGGUCAGUGGACCAUAGCUGUCUAAGUAAACUUACUACAUGCCAACAGGACUUCCAGACUAAAGUUCUUUAAGAGCAGAAAAUGUAUUGCUUCUAGGCAAGUUGCGGUAUUACUGUGUAAUUAAGGACCUAUCUUUUCACCCAUGAGCAAGCGCCCUUGGUUUUUCUUUCUUUCUUGGGUAGUGUUUCCUUUUCAGAAACCAAUAAUUGAUCAUUUGGGAUGGGUUGGUAACAUCUGUCUCACCUGUUCAACCUUGUAUAGUUACAUGAGAGGUUUGAUUCUUCUGUACACUUGCCUUCUAGUGCCCUUAAUGGUCUUAGAAACAGAGAUGUUUGGAAGCUUAAAAAACACACUCAAUACUGUUUCCCUUCUGAUUAUGGCUGUUCUUAUAUUCCAGUGGAGUCUUAUAUUCCAAUGGCUGUGACAGGAGGGUGGAGAGCUGAGAGGAGAGAGACUUGAUCGGAUGAUGAGCCCUAUAACAUGAGUUUGAAGUGGAUGAAUUGGCUGGGCUCCUCUCUCUCCCCUUUAAUUAUUCUGAUUAAGCCAGUAAUUGGCAUAUAGGAUGGGAGAUGAAGAGGUCAAACUGAAGACUUAUGCUUCUAGAUCUGCUUUUCAGCUAUGUGAACGUAACUAAAUUAGGUCCCAGAUUUUAAUUUAAGGUGCAGCAUGUAACCUACGGGUACCUACGGGACUGCCUCUCCUGGUAUGCCUCGCAAGGGACCUUAAGGUCCACAAAUGACAACACUUUAGAGGUCCCAAGUCGCAAGGUGGUUAGAUUGGUCUCAACUAGGGCCCAGGGCCUUUUCAGUACUGGCCCCAACUUGGUGGAACGCUCUGUCACAAGAGACUAGGGCCCUGCGGGACUUGACAUCUUUCCGCAGGACAGAGUUGCAAGACAGAACUGUUCCACCUGGCCUUUGGUUUGGACUCAGUCUGACCCUUAUGUUUCCCUCCCCUUAUGGUUUUGAUCUAUGGGCUACUAUUAAAAUGAGGCUGCAUUUUAAAUUGUAUUUUAACCCAUAAUUUAAAUUGGGUUUUUUUCUUUCUUUUCUCCCACCCCCACAUUAUGUUUUUAUUGUAAUUUUACUGGUGUUAGCUGCCCUGAGCCCGGCUCUGGCCAGGGAGGGCAGGGUAUAAAUUAUUAUUAUCAUUAUUAUUAUUAUUACUUAACAAUGCCCGUUCUCUUUUCACUUCACUCCCUUACUGGCUUGCCCUCACAAUCACGAAGGCUCACAGACUGACUCUAGUGAAUUAAUUUUAUAAUGAAAUGAUUUUAGAAUGUUGUACUAUUUUAUUGUUGUUAGCCGCCCUGAGCCCGGCUUCGGCUGGGGAGGGCGGGAUAUAAAUAAAAUUUAUUAUUAUUAUUAUUAUUAUUAUUAUUAGUGAGUGUUUCUUAGAAAAGCUUCGAACUAUGUCAAAGUGCUCAUCGUUUUGGUGUGAAUACUGCCACAUAGUGCUUUAUUUAUAUUUAUUGCGAACUCUUCUUUUUUUUAACAUAGAAAAAUGACAAACAGAAGUCUGGACUUAUUACCAUGGAAGAUUUUAGGGCAAUUUAUCGAACGCUUCUGCACCGACCGGAACUUCACGAACUCUUCAGCAGCUACUCGCCAAACAAAAAAGUUCUAACAGUAUCAAAUCUGUGUGACUUUCUUAGAAAGGAACAGUUUGAACUUGAUGUUAAUGAAGCAAGAGCUGUGUCACUCAUUAAUAAGUUUGAACCCAUUGACGAAGGUACACUAAAGUUUUAAUGUUACAGUUUAAUUAGUUUGGAAUCAUAGCUUUUAGUGUGUUGAUAAUGAUAUUGAACAUAUGAGUAAUAAUGAGUAUGUAGACAGCCGCAAUGUAGCCUUUAUUUUCCCAAGAGAAAAUGUUGUUUUUAUGCAGAAAGCUCGUCAGUUUUCUAAAUUUAUUGUCUGCCUUGGACAUUCAGCCAGCUCCAAUGAUAGCUGGCCUGAGAUUGUGAGUCAUGCACCGUUAUGAGCACAUCUAAUGAAGACCAGGGCUGACAUCUAUUUCUGCAGCCACUAUCUUUUGGUGGAGAAAGGGGGAGCAGUGGUGGAUGAGGCUUGCCCUCCACAUCCAAUCAUAAGUGCUACCCAUGCUUAUUGCAUCAUUCAGGAUUCCACGAGAACGGAGUUUCCCAGGCCCUUAGCCAGCCUAAAAGUUUUGGUGACGACAUCAGAAAAGUAGAGGUUGGGCAGUUUAUCUGGUCUGCAGGCCUUUUCACAAUCAAACUAAAAACUCUUUUUAUUUAACCCUGAUUUUUGCAGCUUACUUACAUUACUUACUUACAUUACUUACAUUGCAACUUACUUACAUUAAAAAAAAAUCCCUAAGCAAACAACAAUUGUUGCUUUUCUUGCCACCACUUCGCAAAAAAAGGUAAAAAAUAAUAAUAAUUCAAGAACAACAACCCAUUACUAUUAGGAAUAAGCUACAAUGAGAGUGUUCUUAUAGUUUAUAACAAAAGCUUUCUUGUCUUCGAAGCUGCAAACAUGGAACAGGUUCAUCCAAAACCAAUGCUUUAGUAAUGUCCAUGUUAUAACCCAAAAUAACAAAAUCGGCUUUAUGUUCACUGUAACAUUAACAAUUGCUGCCGACCUAAAACUGAUGUUAAUGAGAUGCAUUGCAGUUCUGCUUGAAAUUAUUGGUGCUGCUUCAACCAAAAAGCCAGCUCUGGGAAAUGCAGGCCCAUAAAUUUUGAGCCCAUCUGCAAACAGUUCUAAUGAUGGUCAUUCUUUAAUAAGGAAUUUUGCCGACUCAGGUUCCAAUUUUAAGUUUUCUAGCUUUUUACAGUUGUCCAAGUGAUGUUUUAAUAUUUUACAUAGUAGAUUCAAAUUGUCCUCAUUUCCAGGCUGGGACAAACUCUUGUAAGCUAUAGCUAUAAUUAACCAGUGUACUGUAGCUGUUAGAGUGUGGGGCGAGGACCCAAGAGACCAUGUUUCAAAUCCUUACGUGACUAUGAAGCUCACUGUGUGUGGCCUUCGGCCAGUUCUUGCCUCUCAGCAUAACCUACCUCACAGGGUUGUUGUGCGAUGAAAUGAGGCAGGUGAGAACUAUGCUUACCACCUUGAGCUCCUUGGAGAAAAUCUGGGAUAUAAAUGUAAUAGCUAGCUAGCCUCUCUCCUUGAAUAUAUUUUCUAAUUGAUGAGUGCUAUGGCAAAGGUGCCACCAUGCUGCCUGUAACUGGAGUUGCUGUAUCAGAUUUAUUUCCAGCAAAGAAACUUACAAAUGCUUGCUUUGAGGUCACGAUGAGAAUAGGUGAAGGUAAGAGGUAAAGGAUCCCUGGACCCGUUAAGUCCAGUCAAAGGCGACUAUGGGGUUGCAGCGUUCAUCUCGCUUUGAGGCCGACGGAGCCAGCAUUUGUCCACAGACAGUUUUCCAGGUCAUGUGGCCAGCAUGCUUCUGGCGCAAUGGAACACCAUGACAGAAACCAGAGUGCACAGAAACACUGUUUACCUUCCUGCCGCAGCGGUACCUAUUUAUCUACUUGCACUGGUGUGCUUUGAACUGCUAGGUUAGCAGGAGCUUGGACAGAGCAACAGGAGCUCACCCCGUCACGGGGAUUUGAACCGCCAACGUUCCAAUCGGCAAGCCCAAGAGGCUCAGUGGUUUAGACCAGGGGAUUUGCAUUUUCCUCAGUCAAGGGAAAGCAUAACUUAAUUUCACCACACCUCUCAGCAGAGCACAUACACCAGCCAACUGUCAAGCAAGCAAGCAAGCAAGCAACCAACCAACCAACCAACCAACCAGGAGACCAUUUCCUUAGCAUGCAACCCCUUUAAUCCUGCCGCUUCCAUUAAUUGACUCCAUUUUGGCCUAGCAAGCAGAGACACCUGAAUCCCACCUCCCUGCUUUAGCCUUUGCUCUUGACUGGAUAUCCUAGCCAGAGAGCGGGGAGAGAACAGCAACUCCUAUUUAGAGGCAAUGUGGUGGCACCUUUAACCUCAUUUGUCAGAUUGGAAAAUUCCGCCUACCUUCUGAGUUUGCGGUUGGUGAAUUUAGAUAACUAAGAACAAAUUGACCUGUCAAGCUUCUUUUCCUCCUUUUAAAAAGUCUCCCUCCUGGAUCUCGUAACAUGAUUUUUUUGUGGUAAGCGGAUUUCACUGCAGCAGCCCCCCCCAAAUAAUAGUACCUGUACCUUUAAGAAGAAAAGCAGAAGCGUUCCUUUUGCUUUUCUAAAAUCCCUGUAUAAUAAAUAAAUAAAUAAAUAAAUAAGGAGGGCCGAGGAAUUUUAGGGAAAUCCAGCUCCCGGCCCCCCACCUGGCUAACAGGCAUGGAGUCUUCUGCUGUGGUGUUGUUUCUCUGUGUGUGGCAAUUAAGUGUAAGAGCUUCAAAACUGUACCUACUGUGUUUUCUCAUGCAUGUUUGUAUGAACACAGAUUGUGUUACUUCAUCAGAUUAUGGUGGCAAUUUAUCACGUUCUUCAUUUUUGCUUUCUGGAAGAAAGAAAAGCGCAACCUAAAAAACAAGGAAAAAAUGUACAUUUAUAUUUCUUUAUUGAAACAUAAGCAAAAGAUUAUUGCCGUUUGUAUAACAUGAGAUGAACUUGUACAACAGUCUAAGCAUUCUCCUAUUUUCUUAGACUAUGUGAAUAAUUGUUUGUAUUGCUUUUGCUUUAUUAUUGUUUGUAGUUCUUUUUGCAUUAUUCUUAGGAUAUUCUUAAAAUGGAGAAGUUGUUUAUAAUUUGAAUAAACCAGUACUAAUUUGUAUGCAUCAUGUGAGUAAAUGUUCCGUUCAGAUACUAAGUGAUAUCAUGCAUGUGUUGUUUCAAUUAAUGAUAAAUGAUGAAGGUAACCUUAUUUGGACUGUUCUUUCUACAUUAGCCUGCUGACUGAUAAUUUUACCUUUUAGAAUCUGUUUAGAUUGUAACAAAUGCAACUUGAUAAAACACUGGAAACAAAAGCACAAAACAGCUAAAUGUUGGUUGAUGGUAUUUAGCUAAAUAGUCUACUAAUCUUGUGUGAAAUACAUUUGAUGUCUUGCCUUGUAUAAUGAGUGCAUUAAACAAUUUCUCUGUUACAAUUCUCAGCUUUUAAAAUAUUAGUUUAUAGUGUUCUAGUUACAGCCUAACUUUAUUGUGUGAUUUUUAAAAAGCAACACUGCCCACAAAUAAACACAUUUUUAACGCUCCGAAUUUCUUACCUCUUCAUUGUUGAAGACCUCAUUAAUUGGGAUGGCAUUUGUGCAUUUACAGCACUUUGAGGAAUAGUGGGCGAGUUUGUUUUUGCAAAACAGCACAAACAGAUAUUGCACCGAAUAUUGCUUACCUGAGUUGCUAAACUGGUAACAGUUAUAUUAGAGGAGAUUUCUUCUGUUCUUCAACUCAUUUUAAAGAUAGGAAAUGCGUUUUUCUAGGUUUCUCUUUUUUAUAUCAACACCAGUAACAUUCUAUAAAUCCUUUGUGGUGUAACAUACGCACAACUCCACAGUCAUCCAUUGGAUGUCCCCACUUGAAACUAUUCAGUACUACUAGCAACAUGACCAUGGAGGAAUAUUUGAAGCCUCUGCACACGUUCCAACUAGUCAAUAUCCUUCUUAAACUGUGGUACCCAGAACUGGACACAUUAGUGUUGGUCUUAUUUAAUGGAACUUUCUCCUGGAUGAGUGUACAUAGGUUUGCUGCCUAAGAGAUUCAUUCUCUGUAGCAGGCGUGGGGAACUUGUGUCCCUCCAAAUCUUGCUGGUCUGUAGCUCCUAUCAUUCUUGGCUGUGCUGGUUGGGAGGGUUGAUGGAAGCUGAAUUCCAACAACAUCUGAAGGGCCAGAGGUUUCUUUCCCCUACUCUAUAAUAAUAUCUAAUUGGCUUGCAGCAUUCCUAUGCACAUUGACUUAGGAGGAAGACCCACUGAACACACUGUGACUUAAUUCAGACUACACAUACCUAGGAUUGGACUGUAGGGCAGCUAAUUUGCAUGGGAUUGCAGUCCCAGGCCUUAAAACCUUGUUUUGAUGUUUGCUUGAAACAUUUUAAGUAGAAAAGAUCAUUUCAGAACUACAUAGUAUCCCAGGUGCCAAAUUCCCUUUUCAUAUGAUAUUAGUAUACUGCGCAGAACUUGAAAACCAUCUUUUUUGGUUUUCUGGGGUAGUUUUUGUUUUGUUUUGUUUUUUGCAUGAAUGCUGCUCCAGGUUCAGAGAUUAGAAUCAUGAUUACCUUGGGGAUUAGGAAGUAGCUACUUUCCACCUUGUGCUGAGAAGACACAUAUUUUUCCUUCUGUCUCAAAAGCAGUAACAGCAGCACACCAAAGGCUAGAACGGUCUCUACCGUGAGAAAGAGCCCUGUGGAAUACAUAGGUUGCUGACCUCCGAUGUUCAAAAACUCUAAUGAGUUUAACUUGAACUGUCUUUUCCCCACCCUUUAACAGGAUGACUUGAGGGAUCUAAAUUGUUAUUGUUCGGUACCCUUUGGUACGCUGCAGUUGUGCUUUCAAGCUUUGUCAGUGCGAAAGGUGAUAAAAUAUCAAAGUGCUCUAAAAUGUAUUUUUAUUCAUUUCCCCCCAUCUAGUUUGAUCAGUGUGCUGACAAUGAGGCAGCCUUACCUAACCUGGCUGGUGCUCUCUAGGUGUUUUGGAUUUCAGAUCCCAUCAGCUUCAGGCCCCAUGCUGGCUGCGACUGGUAGGCAUCCCAGUCCAAAACAUCUGGGAGGCACACUGCUUUAAGAGGACAGGUCCUCAUCCUGAUGAGCUUCCAGUCUAAAAUUCAGCAAAGAGGAAGAAGGGGAGGAAGAGGCAAGGAUGCAGGAGGAAAAAAUAUAUACAAUUGUUUCAACUGCAUGUGCUCAGCCUUGGUUAUAGGCUUAGUAGUAAUAAUAAUAAUAAUAAUAAUAAUAAUAAUAAUAAUAAUUUAUUUAUACCCAACCCAUCUGGCUGGGUUUCCCCAGCCACACUGGGUGGCUUCCAACAAAACACUAAAAUACCAUAACCUAUUACACGUUAAAAGCUUCCCUAAACAGGGCUGCCUUCAGAUGUCUUCUAAAAGUUUGGUAGUUAUUUUUCUAUUUGACAUCUGGUGGGAGGGCGUCCCACAGGGUGGGUACCACUACCGAGAAGGCCCUCUGUCUGGUUCCCUGUAACUUUGCUUCUUGCAGCGAGGGAACCACCAGAAGGCCCUCGGCGCUGGACCUCAGUGUCCGGGCAGAAUGAUGGAGGUGGAGACGCUCCUUCAGGUAUACUGGCCUGAGGCCGUUUAGGGUUUUAAAGGUCAGCACCAACACUUUGAAUUGUGCUCGGAAAUGUACUGGGAGCCAGUGUAGUUGCUAGAUACAAUUGAAAUCUAUUAUCAUCCCCCAGGAAAUGAUCAUUCAAGCCCAAUGAUCAUGUGGCCCCCUCACAGUGCUCUCUGGCCCUUGCGACUCUCUUCAGACUCUGUCUCCACCCCAGGCCACACCUCUGACUGGUCCUGCUCUCCACCUUCCUCAAGUAUUUUUACCUAGUUGACUGUUUCUACGAGCUGUGAUAAUGCCUCUUGCUUGCUUGGAUUAAGUGUAUGUUUGUGUGUGUAUGCAUAGUAACCUCUAGUAUUUGCAUGGGUGGAAUAUAGCCUACUGUACAAGGUAAGAGUCACAUCUAUUUGCUCUGCCGACUGGUCACACCCGACAAUGUCAUGUGCCCCCCCCCAAAGGUUGCAAAUGAAGUAACAUGGCAUUCAGGCUGAAAAAAGAUUCCCCAUCUCCUGAUACAGAAGAGAAGUUUCUUGAGCAGGCACUAGGACAACAUCAAGUAGGCUGUAGUCCUUCUGUUGCUUGAAGGAAGGAAAACACCACUCCAGUGAAUCUCUGACUCCACCUUGGAGUGCUGUCGAAGAAAGGACCAUUGUCCUCAGCUGAAAGGUGUUUCUGUCCCGGCCCCUAGUUGCUGAAGAACAAAGAUUUGAAGGAGGAUUCUUUCUAAACAUAGCUGUCAAGCAUCCCUUAUUUGGCGGGACAGUCCCUUAUCCCAGCGCCAUGUCCCGCUGCUGUCCCUUAUUGAUGAGGCUUCAUUUGGCUGCUGGCUGGGCUUUCUGCCUUUGGCUCGGAGGGGCUCAGAAGUUGAACAUACCUGUGCCCAGAAAAUCCCUUAUUUUGGCUGCUGAUCCCUUAUUUUCGAGGCUGCUAGUCCCCUAUUUUCAAAUCUGUAAGUUGACAGCUAUGUUUCUAAAGGCUUUGAUGUUUAGAUUACUGCGGUACAUGUGCGCAUUGCUAGUUUAAGGCACCUCAGGAAAUACACAAAGUCAAUCCAAAACAGAGCUACAAAAAGGCAAGUGCUCUAACUCCCAAAGCUUUAAAUGUUGACCCGACACUGAUCCUUGUUAUCCUAUAUGUAGGAAUGGGGCACAACUUAGUUCAGUAAGUGUUCCCGCAGUCUCUCACUAGUCCUAGUUGGUGGAACUCUCUGUUCCCUUCUUAUUUGGCACCUCCUAGAUCUGGGUGACAGGGGAGGUGUCUAUGCUGUCUGAAAGGUGGCAGGGACCGGCAAAACAUUCCCACCUGGAAAGGCAGAGCUGCUCCCAGUGUUUGAUGGUGCUGGGGUGGGUGGUGCGCCCAGCACUAUGAAAGUGUCAGUCAGAGGCUCCAACAGCUGUGGAGAGGCAGGUGGGGGACACAGAGGGAGAUGGGGCUUGCAGCUCUUGUUGCAGAGAUGGAUGAGAUGAGAGCAUAGGUUGAUGGAACCCCACACCAGAUCCUCACUAUCAGGCUGCCCCACACCUGGGAGAGACUCCUACAUCCCAUGGGAGCCCUCCUGUGGGUCCUCCAUUGGCCUGAUUUGGCCAGCCCACGGCAGUUUCUGAGGGAACACUUCGACCACACCAAGGUCUACCCACUGCUGACUGACAUAUAUGCAAUAACCAGACACCUAAGUUUCUAGAGUGUAUCCAGUAUUGAUAUGUGUCUGCUCCCCCCUCUCCCAUUAUUGGAUUUGUACAGACAUUGUGUUUGUUACAUAUAAUUAUUUGAGCAUUAGGUUUUCUCCUGUGCUUACGGUGAACAGUGAUUCUGAGGAGGUCUACAGCCCAGUGCCCCCUCAGAAACACCUUUAUAUGAUCACAAUGGCUGUUUCUUGAAUGUUGUUGUUGUUUAGUUGUUUAGUCAUGUCCGACUCUUCGUGACCCCAUGGACCAGAGCACGCCAGGCACUCCUGUCUUCCACUGCCUCCCAAAGUUUGGUCAAACUCAUGCUGGUAGCUUCAAAAACACUGUCCAACCAUCUCGCCCUCUGUCGUCCCCUUCUCCUUGUGCCCUCCAUCUCUCCCAACAUCAGGGUCUUUUCCAGGGAGUCUUGUCUUCUCAUGAGGUGGCCAAAGUAUUGGAGCCUCAGCUUCAGGAUCUGUCCUUCCAGUAAGCACUCAGGUCUGAUUUCCUUCAGAAUGGAUACGUUUGAUCUUCUUGCAGUCCAUGGGACUCUCAAGAGUCUCCUCCAGCACCAUAAUUCAAAAGCAUCAAUUCUUCGGCAUCCAUGGACAAAGAAAACAGGCUUCUUGAAUAGAACACCCCCCUCAUGUCUCUUUGUUGCUUGAUAUAUAGUAAGAGUAAGUAGGUUUGUCCUUCAAAGAAAAAAAAUCCCACAGAAUGCCCCCCAAAUUCUAGUAUACCUGUAUACUGUUUGGAUCCUGAGCUGAUUGUGACUCCCAGACUCUAGUUAACUGCUUUCUAUUUGUCUAAUAGUGUUAGAAGCAAUUCCCUUUCCUCUGUGUUUGAGUGAUAUUUAUCGUUUAAAUAAAUCAUUGCAAUUGGUGUAGUGGGCGGAACCCUGGAUAAUAGCCUUGAACACUCAUAGCUCCAUAUGACAUGUGCUAUUAUUAUUGCUUACUUUUAUAGCACCAAAAAUAUACUAAGCUCUUUACAAAAGGGUCGGAUAAACAGGUCCCUGCCUAAAGCAGCUUCAAUAGACAUGAAUCAUAAAAAGAAUUUGUGUGGGGCACAGUGGUGGAAAGGAGGGAGCAGGGAUCAUAAAAAUAAUAGCACAUUUAAUACAGUGAAAAGCACAGUUUGGGUUACAAAAAUGUAGUUUUAUCAUUAAGCUUUGCAAUAUAGGGAGUCAACAAAGAGGAAAGGACACACACAUCAGUGAACUGCCUGAUCCUAAUCAUAGUUACAUGGAAGAAUGGCCCACUGAUUUCAAUGGGGUUUCUUUCCAAGCAAGUAUGUUUAAUAUUGAUGUCUUAGGUACCUUGGGUUAAGAACUUAAUUCGUUCUGGAGGUCUGUUCUUAACCUGAAACUGUUCCUAACCUGAAGGCCACUUUAGCUAAUGGGGCCUCCUGCUGCCGCCUUGCCACCGGAUAAUGAUUUCUGUUCUCAUCCUGAAGCAAAGUUCUUAACCUGAGGUACUAUUUCUGGGUUAGCGGAGUCUGUAACCUGAAGCGUAUGUAACCCGAGGUACCACUGUAUUCCUGAUUUUUAGUAGAGUGUGAUGCAACACUGUCAUAACCACCUUCACAUGCGAGUUAUGCGGCAAAAGGAUACAAGUUGAAGCAUCUACGAUAUAUUUCAAAAAGUUGUUUGUAUGUUUGCUAGGCAUUUGUACACCUCUUAAGAUAUCAGUACCAAAUUAUUGUUCCCGAGGUCAAGGAGGAGGUUUUCAUCUGUGCCUGGAUACAGCUGGGUGCCAUUUUGGAUCCUGAAGGCAGACUGAACCUUUCAAAACUGCACUGAUUUUAACCAAAGUUUGCAUGGUGGUUCUUGAGAUGAAGCUGCAGGGUUUUGACUAUAGCUGGACACAAUUUUGAAUCAAGAUUGUGCCCUGAACCUUUCAAAACUGCACAGAUUUUAACCACUGAUUUCAAAACUGCAAUGAUUUUUCUGGUUUCUUAGAAUUCCCGAGCAACGCCGGGCACAAGACUGCUAGUUUCUUUAUAAAAGAAAGUGAUGGAGGUGCCAAAUUGGCUCAGGGGAGUAAAGCGGGGGUGGGGAACCUGUUGGAUGCCAACUCCCAUCAGCCCCUGCCAGGAUGGCCAAUGAUCAGGGAUGAUGGGAGUUGUAGUCUGGCUAUAUCUGGAAGGCCACAGGUUCCCCAUCCCUGAAGUAUAGAGUUGGAGAUGUUUGACCAAAGAAGAGUUCUUAUGCAUACCAAAGAGAAGAGAGGAAGAUAAACAAAAUGCCCAGACUGGAAUGCGACAAGAAAUCACCAAGAAAAGGUAAUAUCCAAAAGUAUUGAGAGACUUAAUGGUAAGUAUGAAAACUGGUAGCACAUAUAAAGAAACUGAGCUGAAAUGGGAGUUUAGGGAAAGAGUCAUGGGGAGGAGAAGUUUCAGCUGUGAGUAUUCUGAAGAUUUGUAAUGGAUAGAUAGAAAAUAAUAGUUUAUUAAGAGUGGAUAGAUAAUAAUAGCUUAUUAAGAGUGUAUGCAUAACAAAUGAAUAAAUAAUAUUGCUUUUGCGCAUUAACAAAGAAGUUGGGUUUCUGCGAAAGUUUUAAGAUGAGGGGAAAGACCAGAAAACACAGCAUUAAUACAAUUUAGUUAUAAGAAAUCCAAUUGAAAAGGCUUUUAUUUUUGUAAUGGAAAUAGGACAAAAAUUGUGUCAUCGGUUUCUAAGCAGCGAUAUGACAAAUACAUGGUAGCAGUAUUAACCUGGUGUAGACUUCAAGGAUUGCAUGAAUACAGCAGUGACUUUCAUAUGUUCUUUUUUACAACAAUCCUUUAUAUGUUCAGUGGUUUGCCAAGGAACCACCUCAUGUAUUAGAAACAGAAUUGGCUAAUCCUUGUUUGUGGAGGAUUCUGGGGCAUAUUCUAGCAUGUUUAUCAGUUCAUUCUUGGUGCUAAGGUCAGACCAGUAGAGUCACAUCUAGAGAUGUGGGAUAAAUUUGAUUCAGUUUGCAUUUAAAUAUACCUAAUAACAAACUUUCCAAAACAACACACAAACCAGAACAUCCUUCAAAAUUCACACUUUCUGAUUUUUGCAAUGCACUUCUCCAGCCAUGUAAUGUGUAAAAAAUAAUAAUAAUACAUACAUACACUUGGAUAACACGUGCAUGAAAAUGCACGUAUUAGCAAAAUAUAACAUACAAAUAUGUGUUACGUUCGGGGAAAUGGCUUUGCAAAAAGGCGUACGUUAGGCAAAAUUGCAAAUGUGUAUGUUAGGAAAAAUAUGCAUUAAAAGGCUGGUGAAUUUUCCUUUUUUUUAAAAAAAAACCUAAGAUAAAAUUGCAAACUGAUGUGGAAAUGUGGAGAUUUGAGCUUAAGACUGAUAGAAUGAGAAAGUGAAAGAAACUGAACUUGACAUAUGGGUCUAUCUCUAAGCACACGGUCAAUCUGUGUGGAAGCACCCUGGAACAGGAAUGAACAGACUUCUGUUGGGGAAUCUGCUCUGGUUUUGACUUGAACCUACCUGAGCCACAUGCAAAAUGGCAGCUCAAGGGGUGGAGCUAACUGCUUACUGAAUCCCAUGUGCCAUUACACUGAGUGGGUGCGUGGGGCUUAACUUCCCAUAAUGUUAAGUGCACAGGGUGCAAAUUCAUCUGCAUUUAGUAUUAUUUUAACACUGUGCUAGGAGGGGAGGGGGAGAUUUUAAUUAAGACUGCAGAGUAGAGAGAGAGAGGGUAGGCUUAACUCUUGCCUUCCCAGCUGCGAUCCUCACAGAAAUGGACCCUCAUCUUGCCCCAGAGGUUAGAAAAAGCUCCCACUGGGACAACUGGACUAAUCGGCAGGCCAAAGAUUUUCAUCGGGUGGGAAGGGCUAAACUUCUCUUUCCUGCAUGCUGUGUUCCUGAUUGGAGACCACCUCAUGCUUAGUAUUAUUUUCUUUAAUGUAGGAAAAGCUCUCUGCUGCACAUCUAAACGCAGCGUGUUGAAAUUAGGCUCUCCGUUGACCUGCAUGUACCGAUACAAAUCUUAAACCUGAGUCAAAUCAAGGAUUCUUUUUGCUGCUGGUAUUGAUAAGCAACUGGGAACCAGAAACCUUUGCUGAUCUACUGCAAAUCAUCCAGUGAUUACCACUACGCUCAAAUGUACCAAGUGCUUCCCUGUGGCUUAGCAGUGCAAGAUUAGUCAAGGUGACCAAAAUGUUUUUCAAAUGGGGCAGAGCCGCUGAUCUGCCAUGACUGAUCUCCUCAUCUUCUGAUGUGCUUCUGGACGAACCACCGGGUUCCCCCAGAAUGAACGCUACAAUAGCAGAGCUUAUUAUGACUAAGCACAUGAACUAACAUGGCUAAGGUCUGGUUCCUGGCUUGUGCACAUUACACUAGCUUCUGGUGAUUGUUGUGUCAUUAAAUAAAGGCACAAAGAAGCAUUCAGCUUAUUAUUAUGCAUGUUCAGCUUCAGAUCAUAGCCAAGCACCAGGUGAAAUUCAGGGGUACACAUUCGUAGUGUGAGUAUGUCCAACCUCUGUUUAAUUCCAGCAUUAAAAAAACAACAACAUGGCGGAGGUAUCUGAGCAAUUUUAAUUUUAACCCGCCCCCCCUUUUAAUGUUCCCACUUUAGCAAGAAGCCAAAGGGAGAUGACCUUCGAAGGCUUUAUACGGUACAUGCUUUCGGAAGAGUGCAGCAUCUUUAAACAAAAGCACCGGACGGUUUACCAAGAUAUGAACUUCCCAUUGUGUGACUACUUUAUAUCAUCGUCACACAAUACCUACCUGAUACAAGACCAGCUUGUAGGGCCAAGUCACCUGUGGGGCUACGCCAAGUAUGUACAUUUAUUUGUGGGGUAGGGCACGGGAGAGGUGAGGCCAGUAGGGUGUGGAGUAGCAAAACUGUGCGGAAGUGUGUUGUGUUUCCUAAUGGUGUUCUUUCUCCAUAUUUAAAAUAAACACAAAUGUUUGCAGCCGUUGAAGAAAAAAUAACUUGGAAAAAUACCUAUGGGUUGUAUUAUGGUGCUCUUUGAAUUAUUUCUGCUCAGACAAUGGAACGUCUGUUACUUCCCCCAACAAAUCUGCCCUGGAGAGUUGGUGGGAUUGAGGGGGUACAAAGGAGGAAAGUUCCAUUGCAUGUAUGGACAUCAUCCUGCUGGUGCAAUAAUGACUUCAUUGGAAGCAAGUCUGUGGCUGAGCUAGAACUGAAAUAGGGGUGGAAUAUAGAUACAUAUAAAAACUGCUUCAAAAAUGCUUUUCUUAAAAAUAAAAAAAUACAUUGCAUUUUCCAUAAGGCUGGCCAUCGCCAUCUAAUGUCACAUUGUAUAUUGCCGUUAAAACACCCUUAAAAUGUUUUAUUUGCAGCUGUAUAGGACAAUGGCAGAAUUAUUCUUUUGUUCUGAUUUAGUGCUUUCUGAACUUUGGGACUCUUUUGAACCCCUUUUGGCGUCCCACCCAGUGCCUACAGUGUGCCCUAUGGCCAAACGCGUGGGAAAUCUUGUGUGCAAUCUUGUGGCUGGUGGCCUUUCUGUUCCUCCAUUUGCCAAUCCUUUUGGUGCUAGCAUUUUGUAUUGUGAGUGGCAAACACAAAUCCCAUGGCUUUUUACCAUGAGUACCCGUGGCAUCAUGGCAGAUCACUGUGGCACCAUUGGCAAAACCAUGUGAUUUGUCCCAGGCAAUAAUUGCGCCCGGUCCUUGUCUCUCUCUCUCCCUCCAUCUGUGUUGCAGCAAGGUUGCCUUGCUGCUUCAUUGGAAGAAAGUGUGGCUGGGAAACCUCAGUUUGCAGGAGUAGGUUCCCUUAGCUCACAUUGCUUUAGCAGGAUUGGUUACUCAGAAUUGGGCCCACAGAUUUAAGAAUGGCAAUCCAAGUCAGUUAUUAAGUUAGCCCUUCACAGCUGCAAGGAAACCUCCAGUCAAGAGGUAGAUGGUGCACCCAGUUCCUGCUCCAGAAAGGUUUUUACACAGCCAGAGUUUGGAAUUCAGAGUCAUCUGAAGUUUGUGGAUUUCAUAAGCAGGAAUAAUUCUUCUGAAAUUGCCACCCAGGAUCCUAAAUGUCCCAAAAUAUCAUCUGGGUCUUGCAAUUACAAAAUAUGGUCCUCUCAAGACUUUGGGGACUUGGGAAUAUCAUGCUGUCCAAUGAAUUUUUGCAUCCAAAUCCUUGCUUAUUGUGUGGCUUUGGAUAAGUCACAAUCCUACCUCACAGGACUGUUGUGAAGAUCGAAUGGGAUUCCCCUAAGCUGCCUUUGAGCUCCUUGGAUGAAAGGCAGGAUAUGGAUAGAUCAAUAUGACGACUAAAUAAAGAGUUACAUCUUAGCCUCUAACUCAGAUGUAGGUACAGUCACAACAUGACCUUCGAUGUUAUUUUUGGUGUUAAAUUGAAUUGGUUGAAAUUGUCAAUGUCAGGUAAAUAGGGCUUCCAGCACAGAGAUAAAAGGACAGAGUUAUACCUCUAUCUCAGCCUUUCUCAACCUUUGGGUCCCCAGAUAUUAUUGAACUACAACUCCCAUCACCCCUAGCUAGCAAGGCCAGAGCUUAGGGAUGAUGGGAGUUGUAGUCCAACAGCAUCUGGGGACCCACAGGUUGAGAACCGCUGCUCUAUCUGAAUACACAGAGUGAUGGCCAAGGGUGGGUCCAAUUUAGAACUGUAAAUAAGACUGUGGCUCUCUAAUAUUUUCAUAUCUCUAUGGGAGUGCAAACUGUUUGGAGAAGAUCUGUUUUCUUAAAAACUGUGGAUCAUCAAAAUGUGUGCUACCCUAUCUGAGCUUCUAGCGGAGUGCAACUCCAUAGCUAAACAAGCAUUAUUUGGAAAGCAGAAAGCAUUAUGAGUGCUGAUGAAUGGGACACAGAUCUUUUUAUUUUCUUCUUCUUCUUCUUCUUCUUCUUCUUCUUCUUCUUCUUCUUCUUCUUCUUCUUCUUCCUUUCUUUUUCAAUUUAAAGUUCCCUGAAGAAGGGAUGCCGCUGUGUAGAAAUUGAUUGUUGGGAUGGUCCAAAUAAUGAGCCUGUGGUUUAUCAUGGACAUACCUUGACGAGCAAAAUUACCUUCAAGAAUGUCAUCGAUGUGGUCCACAAGCAUGCCUUUGAGGUAGGUGCAGGUAGUUGGUCAAAAGCUCUGAAAAAUGUCCACAGGGCACCGUAGGGUACCUACUUGUCCCACAGCAGUAUCAGAUGACUCUGAGGGUGGGUAGUCUGCUGACCUAUGAGAGCCUUAUAUGAUGCUGUCAGCUGACCUACAGAAAGCAUAAAACAGAUCUUAGAUGUGAGCCUGGGACACAUGGCAGGGCUGGAUAACAGAUACAAAAAUACAGUGGUACCUUGGUUUACAAACUUAAUCCAUCCAGAGGUCCGUUCUUAAACCAAAGCGUUCUUAAACCAAGGCAUGCUUUCCCAUAGCAGCGGGGGACUCAGUUUACAAAUGGAAUACACUCAACAGGAAGUGGAACAUGUUCUGCUUCCAAGGCAAAUUUCACAAGCCAAAACACCUACUUCUGGGUUUGCAGCGUUCUUAAUCCAAGUUGUUCAUAAACUAAGCUGUUCUUAAACCAAGGUACCAUUGUAAUUCCUUUGUGAAAAUUACUGUGGACAGAACAGCACUGUGCAGUGAGGAAAACCUUGAUAUGUUUCGAGAACGGCUGCUUGUCGUAACAAUUUUGGCCGCAUUUGUGUGACUGCUGUUUAUUUAUUUGCUUAUCUGAAGAUUUCUCAAUCGUGAAAGAGAACUAAGUUGUUCACCAAUAUUAAAGCAAUAUUACACUGAGCCCCCAGUUCAAACACAGCCAAUUCCCAAUUUCAUAGUGUCAAAGCCACCAGAGAUCAAAUUCACAUUCCAAAACUGGGGAGCGUCUCUCCAAGAAACCAUCCUUGAAAUUCAGGGGCAAAGCAGCCCAGCAUUCCACUGUUAUGUUCUGUCCGCUAUCAGCAAUCCCCAUUCUUUGUAAAAGCCACUUCCUAAUACGUGGGUGGCGCUAUGGGUUAAACCACAGAGCCUAGGACUUGCCGAUCAGAAGGUCGGCGGUUCGAAUCCCCGCGAUGGGGUGAGCUCCCGUUGCUCGGUCCCUGCUCCUGCCAACCUAGCAGUUCGAAAGCACGUCAAAGUGCAAGUAGAUAAAUAGGUACCACUCCGGCGGGAAGCUAAACGGCGUCUCUGUGCGCUGCUCUGCUUCACCAGAAGUGGCUUAGUCAUGCUGGCCACAUGACCCGGAAGCUGUACACCAGCUCCCUCAGCCAAUAAAGCGAGAUGGCCGCCGCAACCCCAGAGUCGGCCACGACUGGACCUAAUGGCCAUUUACCUUUAAUAUGUGGCAGCUGCAGGCAUUUAAAAAGAAAACAGAGUCACAAAUCCCAGAUGGGCAUGGAUGAGCUCUUGGUCAUGCCUAACGUAGCCCUUGGAAUCCUCCUAAGAACUUAAGAAGAUAAGAAGAACCUGCUGAACCAUCAAGUCCAGCAUCUUGUUCUCACAGUGGCCAACCAGAUGCCUGUGGGAAACCCACGAGCAGGAUUCAAGCACAUAAGCACUCUCCCUUCCAGUGGUUUCCAGUAACUGGUUUCCAGCAGCAUUGCUAUCAUGACUACUAGCCAUUGAUAGACCUCUCCUCCAUGAAUUGGUCUAACCUUCUUCUGAAGCCUUCUAGGUUGGUGGCCAUCACUGUCUCCUGUGGGAGCAAAUUCUAUAGUUCAACUUUGCUCCUGGUCAUUAUCUGCAACUGAGCAUGUAUUUUUCCCUCACAAAAGUGAAUCAGGGAUCAAUCCUUACCCCUGGUGAGCAGCAGUGGGAAAGUGCAGCUGUAUUCCUGCUGCUUGCAUCACCAGUGGCAACGGCAGUGUUGAAGAAAGGCUGAAGUAGCAACAAUUUGCCAAUGGUUUAGUAUCUGGAGCAGCGAUUCUCAACCUGUGGGUCCCCAGAUGUUGUUGGACUACAACUCCCAUCAUCCCCGAGCUCUGGCCUUGCUAGCUAGGGGCGAUGGGAGUUGUAGUUCAACAACAUCUGGGGACCCACAGGUUGAGAAAGACUGAUCUAGAGGAUCCUUGGCUAGCUCAGAUCUGCUCCUAACUUACCCCGAAAAACCGCGUUUAGGGUUUACACUGACCAUUGCCAGCAGUAGCUUCCUUCCACCCCCACUUUUCCUAUGACAGUUGUGGAUUCUCCCCACUGGUAGAGGUCAAAACAGCCAGGCAGUUCUGGGGGGUGGGAUGCCCAUGACACAUUCAACUACCCUUGAGCUUACGUGGGUUGAGGUUUGGAUUCUUCUGUUAAUGGACUUCCUCAGUUUCAAAAAGGGGAGGGAUACCAACAGUCUUUAUGUUAAAUUUUCAGGCAUCAGAUUAUCCCCUUACAAUAUCUUUGGAGAAUCACUGCAGUGCUCCACAACAGGAGAAGAUGGCUGGCCAUUUGCUAGACAUUCUCAGGGAUACCCUCUGUACUUCAACACUGGAUGACAGCAUGCCAUCUGAACUACCCUCUCCAGAGGUAACAUCCCACCCCCCAAACCCAACAUUAUUAUUAUUGUAAAAUAUGGUGUUUUGGGGUGUUUUGUUGUGUGUCAGUUUGUGUGUGUUUGUGUGCAAGCUCUGCAACUGUUGUGCACAUUUGCAGCAUAAUGAUUAUUCAGAGUUUGGAAUAUCUUCGUCAUAAAAAAUGAGAUUGGGCAGGGGGAAAUGGGAUGGUGCUCAUAGGGCUUGUGAUCAAUAUCACUCUUGUUCCAGCCCAUUCUUCCACUUCCACCCCUCCUCUCACCAUAGCUCAUUCCGGAGCCUUUAAAACUGUGAGUGAAAUGAAGUAGUGUGGUACAGUGGUUAGACAAGGGAUUGGGAAGCCAUGGCCCUCCAGAUGUUGGAAGACUGCAGCUCCCAUCAGUCCCAGCCAGCAUGUCUAGUGGUUGGGGUUUAUGAACAUCUGGGGUGUCGCAGGUUAGCCACCAUGGAUUAGACUGAGGAGACCCAGGAUCAGAUCCUCACCUGGCCAUGAAGAUGAGGGAUGGCCUUGUGAUGGUCACAAUUUCCCAGCCUAGCCUAAUUCACAGGCUAGUUGUGAGGAUAAAAAUGGGGAAGGGGAAGAACCACUUAUGCCAUCUUUAGCUUCUUGGAAGGAUAUAAAUAUUGCAAGUAUGAGAGGGCAGAGGAGCCUGUGUUGCAUUGAUUGAUAGACUGCUUCCUGUAUAGGCUACACAUUGCCCACCCCCUUCUUCAAACAAAUUCAAAUAUAAUUUUUUUCCAGGUAAAACAAAUAGUCAGAUGUGAGACAUUCCAAGCUAUAGACAAGCCAUGCUGAUAUCUCAGGAACAACACAUUGUCCUUGAGAUGACAACACGAGCCUACAUGCAGUGUUGGUGUGCAACACUUGAACUGUGCUGCCUGAGUUUCUUCACACAUGCACGGUGCUGCAGUCUUGAAGAAAGGACCACACUUGUGUAAACUGACUCAUAACUAUGGCUCCCUUGCUUGCUUCCUAGAGCUAUAUGCUUCUCAAAAUUCCCUGUGGAACGCCCUCCCACCAGAUGUCAAAGAGAACAACAACUACCAGACUUUUAGAAGACAUCUGAAGGCAGCCCUCUUUAGGGAAGCUUUUAAUGUUUGAUGUAUUAUAGUAUUUUAAUAUUUUUUUGGAAGCCGCCCAGAGUGGCUGGGGAAGCCCAGCCAGAUGGGCAGGGUAUGUAUAAAUAAAUAAAUAAAUAAAUAAAUAAAUAAAUAAAUAAAUUAUAAAAUUGCACUCAGAUUGUGGGUGAAGAAAUGCCACCAGGCUUCUCUAGGAGAAGGAGAAUUUAUCCAACAAGUCUCAAGGGUGGGGCUCACCACAAGCAGUGGUUAUAGUGCAGCUUCUUUCUUUAAUUUUCAGGAAGGGGUGGAAUGGAUAACCACGGUUUCCUUUUCAUUAGCCCAAAAGCUAAUCCCUACAUGCAAGUCGAAUCUCCAUGAUAUAAUGUUGGUUGAUGACUUGGAUGUGAACAAAUGAAUGGCUUCUGGGGUUUGAAAGAGGAGUGGAGUGGAUAGCCAUGGUUUCCUUUUCAUGGUGUCUGCUGGUCUGGUUUGCAUAAUGUUUCCCCAGAGUGGACAUCUGAACAAAAAUGGUUUUUGUUCCUGUACAGUUGUGUGGUUUACUGUGCUGAGUGCCCUCAAAUUUCUUCCCGCAGCAACUGAAAUUCAAAAUCUUGAUAAAAAAUAAGAAAGUCGGAACUCUGGAAGAAACCCUGCAACGCAGGGGCCAGAGAUGCAUGGGCCAAAUAGCAGAGCUCGAGGAGGUCAUGGAGUCAGAGGAUGACCUUAUAGAUGAAGACCCUAAAGCACAGUUGAUCAAGAAGCCGCUUGCUCGAUUGGCGUCAGCACCCAAAAAGGAUAAGAAGGACAAGAAGGUAAAUAUACCUUCAGUUAGAGGUGGGGAAGGAAUUAGAUUUUGUUUGCAUUUCAGUGAGAAAGUCGCUAAUUCACACUUCUUGAACCAAAACAUGAAGAGAAACCCAGCUAUCCUUUGAAAUGCACACUUCUCUGAUUUCUGCAGUGCAGUUUUCUAAGCAAACACUGUGUACUAAAAUGCAUAUAUUGAGGGAAAUGUGCAUUAAAGAUGUGUGCAGCAGUGAAAACAACAUUAAAAUGCAUUGCAUUAGUGCAAAUUGCUUGUAAAAAUGUGCAUAUUAGUCAAAGAUAUACACAAAAUGUAUUAAUCAGAGGGUUUUUUUUAUCGCAAAUUGCUUGUAAAAAUGUGGGGAACAAAAUUUAAGACUGGGAAAAUGAGAAAGGAAGAGAACUGAAGUUGAUAGAUUCCUCUAUCCUUAACCUCCAGCACACCAGAUUUCUGCAAAAGCAGAAGCCGUGUUGCCUGUCUCAGUGACUAUUAACUGAUGGUUGGUGUUCAAUGAACAGGACAUCUUAGCUAUUCAGUUAUACAAAAGCCCCAGGAGAGAAUCACCUCAUAUUUCUCACUUUGCAAGGCUGUAAUGCUUUUUAACUUUUUAUUCACAGACUCAUAAGGUUAAAGUCGCCAUGUUGCUGUCAGAACUUGUGAUAUACACAGCUUCCCGGUCUUUUGUCAGCUUUGAAGAUUCAAAGGAGAAGCAGAAGUUUUAUCAAAAUAAUUCCAUCGGGGAGGUGAAAGGACAAAAACUUAUAAGCAAGAGAGGUAAUUUACAAGAUUCUAAAAUCGACACUUGCUGCUGUUUGCUUCUUUAAACUAUUGGAAGAACUAAACUUUAUGCAUGGCACAAUACAGAAUGGUAUUUAACUAAGUCCCACUUAGAGUAGACUUAUUGAAAUUAAUGACUCUUGAGUUAGUCAUGUCCAUUAACUUCAACGGGACUAGAUGGAUGCCCAUUGAGUCCCAGUGGGGGGAAAGCAAUAAUAAUAAUAAUAAUAAUAAUAAUAAUAAUAAUAAUAAUGAUAAUACCCCAAUGUGUUUCUUAGUCAGCGCAGUUUCCAGAAUGCCCUUUGCAACCAGAUUGUAAGCCUCUGUGCUUGGGAAUAAGUCAUACUGAUUUUACUGGAACUUAUUUCCAAGUAAGUAGGCUUAAACUUGCAACAUGCAAGAGAAUCAGUCCUAAGGACCCUCUUGUAGACGUCAUUCAGUGGGAUUUACCUCCAGAUAGGUGAGCAUAAGAUUGCAUCUUUGUGGUAUUACUGAUCUUUGCCGUACUCUGCUGCAUCGAGAGCCAAAUCCAAUCAAGAGGUCUUUACUGGUUUACUGUUUGCUUCUGCAAAGAAGUUGAAGUGCUGUCUAUGGAAUAAAACUCUAAAUAAAUAGAUAUUUAUUUGUUUCAGCCACUGGCCUUUGCAAUCUGCACAAAACAUAAAAUGCACACAUAUGUGAACAACUAAGCAGGGAAAAUUACCAAAUUCAACUGAGACACCAGUCAUUUGCUUCCCGAUAUAAGCAUAAUAGAAAUAUAUACAAGUAUAAACCCUACUGAGUGGGUAAAAUUACUAAAAUCAAUUAGAAUUUUAAAAUGAUACAAUUUAAAACUCUGGGCACUUUGGCAGCCCUUAUUUUAAUGGAGGUUGCUAUGAAUUUUGCAGGUUUUUUUCUUCUUCCUGCUGCCAGCAGCUUAUAUUGAUCUGCAAGGAGAAAAGUCAUUGUAAUAAUUAGCUGGGUAUCCCAGCUGAGACAGAAAUAAUGGAGUGAUUAACUCUUUGUGUGGAUCUCUCUAUAAUGAGCAAAAUAACAUGAACCAUUAUCUGGGUACUACCGUCUCCAGAAACUUAGGGUCAGGAGCUAUUGGAGGAAUUGCCUUCUCCCACAGAAGCUCAGCCUUAUUAUAAGAUCUGCUUCAGAGAUCAUUCUAAGGAUGCCUGUCCCCACCUUCUGAAAUUAGGCAGAAGGCGACAGGUCAUUCAUUCCCCAUGGUGUUAACAUCCUGGAACAUCCUCAGAGGCUGCUAACCUUGCUGUCCUUCAGACACUGGGUUGAUGUUGUUUGCACAUGUACUUGGAGGACGAUCUGUUUCACCGCCAGGGACUGCGCUUGAGGAUUUUGAUCUUUGUGAAUUCUGAUAUGACCUGACUUGUUCUGCACUUCCUGAACUAAAAUGCAGAUAAGAACCUUGCAGCUCACCCUCUUGAUUUUACACUUCUCUGAAGCUUGGGGUGAACUUGUCAGCUCAAAAAAAAGUAUUAAAAACCUGUUUAGAAAUGCUUAUUUUUGUGAGAGAAAGCUUUUGGGAAUAUGCCUUUAAGUGCAAAUGUUCAAGUAGGGAUUUUAAAAAUCUGCAUGAAGAUUUGCACCUAAAUUUCCACCUAAAUUGUGGAUCUUCCCCUCUGCCGAAGUGUGUUGAGUUUCUGUCUCCAUUAUACAGCUUUUGAGUUAAGAUGCACCUUUUACCUUGGCCUCUGGCAAUCAAAGCAUUUUUGUUUUCUGGUCAAAUCCCUUUUUAUUGAAUGUAUACUGUUCUUUCACAUUUAGAACAUCCCCACCCCCGUUUUAUAACUGUAAAGUUUUAAAAUCUAUUGUUAUGAUUCUAUACUACUUUGUUAUAACCUGCCCUGGGACAUUUAUGGUAAGGGGUGUGGGCAAGAAUAUCUCUAUCUCUGUCUCUGUCUCUCUCCCCCCCCCCACGCACACACACAGUGCUUUUUUCUGGUAGGACGCAGGGGUACGCAUACCCUAAACAUUUUGUGAAUCUAAGUUUGGCUUCAUUGAGGGGCAGUAUUUCAAUAUGAGUAGGAAAAUGAGAGUACCCCUAAACAUUUUUUUAAGAAAACAACCCAAUAUAUGUUCUUUUUAUAUAUACAGUCAUACCUCAUGUUACGUCCGCUUCAUGUUACAUUCUUUCAGGUUUCGUCCCGCGGUGACCCAGAAGUACUGGAAAGGGUUACUUCCGGGUUUCGCUGCUCGCACAUGCACAGAAGUGCAAAAUGACAUCACACGCAUGCGCAAAAGCAGUGAAUCGCAACACGUGCGUGUGCAGACGCACCGCUGCAGGUUGCGCUCUUUUCAUGUUGUGGACGGGCCUCCGGAAUGGAUCCCAUUCGCAACCAGAGGUACCACUGUAUAUUCUGGAAUGUAUAUAUAUUCUGGAAUGCCUUUCCUAACAAAACACACAUUUCUAAACACUCUUUGAUUGAGGCCGGAACUGGAUGGAAAAGACUUGUAAAUAAUAAAUAUAUGUGAAACGGACUCAUCUGCCCACCCCUGUUUCCUGCUUCAUUUAUACUCAUAACUUCUGCUGUUGCCAUUUGAAAUAAUUGUAUCCUUUUCAUUUUAAUAUUGUGCAGGAUUUAUUUAGUGGUUGUUGCAAGCCACCUUGGAGGCUUUUAAUCAGAAGCGCAGGUUAUAAAUAUUUCAAAUGAGUACAAAAAAUAGCACAGGCUCGUAUGUUGGUUGCUGUUGCAUCGCAUAGGGAUUCCCAUUUCAUAUCAAGAGUUCCUGGCUGAGACAUAGCACAGCACCAGAAGCAGAGAGAGAUGGAUUGCCUAGAAAUUGUAGCAAAAAUUACAAUUCUUGGGGCUUCUCAAAUCACCCACUUAAACAACCCCUCCCCCGAACUGGAAUAAAUGAUGCAAAUUGGGCCUCCUGCAGUUUGCAUAAUCACAACAUUUGUUUUGUGGAGUGGGAGCUAUAAUGGAAUUCAGAAUUUAUCCUUAGUUCAUUUCUCUAAUAGUCUGGUGGUUGAAAGGUUUACAUUAUAGAUCUUCAGCCAGUGGGCUGGGACCCACAGGUGGGUUGCGAGGCCAUCCCAGGGGGUUCACGGCCAAGCUGUUGCCGCCAUGUUGGAUUCCAGCUAAGGUUGACCAAAUGGAAAGGGCACUUACAGGGGUGUCCGGGCUCUUGCACACAUUGAUCCGAUGAGAUACUCACUGUAUCCACUUCCAUGCGUGCUGCAAAGUGCAAAGCAGCAGGAGAAAGGCAAGAACCUUAUUCGGUAAGGAAUAUAUCUCUGGCCAAUUGUAGGCCUCACUUUCCUAUAGCUAUGCCUGUAGUGAAAGAGUUCUCUAUGGGGUACAGUUACAGGUAGGCAGCUGUGUUGGUCUGCCAUAGUCAAAACAAAAUAAAAAAAUUCCUUCCAGUAUCACCUUAGAGACCAACUAAGUUUGUUAUUGGUAUGAGCUUUCGUGUGCAUGCACACUUCUUCAGAUACACUGAAACAGAAGUCACCAGACCCUUAUAUAUAGUGAAAGGGUGGGGAGGGGUAUUACUCAGAGGGGUGGUGGGAAUUGGUGAUUGGCUGAUAGGUGUGGUAAGCCUGUUGACGACUGUUAAUGACUGCAACUGGUCUUACAGAAAAAAUCAAGGGGCGAGAUGGCUAAAAAUAGCUAUAUCAUGUAUAAUGAGAUAAGAAUCCAAUGUCUCUAUUCAGACCAGGUCUCUCCAUGGUUUUAAGUUUGGUAAUAAGUUGCAAUUCAGCAACUUCUCUUUCCAGUCUAUUUCUGAAAUUCUUUUGUAAUAAGACAGCUACUUUGAGAUCUUGUAUAGAAUGUCCUGGGAGAUUGAAGUGUUCUCCUACUGGUUUCUCUGUCUUGUGAUUCCUGAUCACAAGAUUUAUGUCCAUUUAUGGGGUACAAACACUCUGUUCACAUUCUAGUCCAUUUCUACGGCUCUCGUGACUUCUUCCAGAAUAGAGCUAUGCUGGUGACUAGAACGCAGAAGUGCACACUUCUGCACAAGGGAGCACCCUGGUGGGUUGCUUGGUUGCCAUCAUGGCAGCAGCUGGAGUCCCAGGAAGUUACAUCAUAAGUCGGGCUGCAGGAGAUGAGAGCUGGAAGGAGCAGGAAUGCCUCACCAUCCUCUCACAGUAUUGCUGUGAGGAUAAAAUGAUGAGGGGGAUAACCUUGAGCUCCUUGGAGGAAAAGUGAGAUAUAAAUGCAGUGAUAAAUGAAUAAAAUAAACAAUAAUAAAUCACAUCAUUUCCAGUGGGAGAGAGUUUAGUGGAUACUUACCCUCCCUUUUGAAAUCAAUAGAACUGAACCUUCGCUUGAACAUAUGCUUUCUCCUUGUUUGUUUUGAACAACAGGCACAUUUUUACAUGUUCUCCCUGUGACCAUAUGGACUACAGCCUUUUUUUAUAUAUAUAUAAAAAAUAUCAGAGUUAAGAUUUCUUCCAGUGGACUCUAUCCUUGAUAUCCUGUCAUCUACAACUGGUUCAUGGUUAUGUUGAUUUCCAGGGUCCGUGGCUGGCUAGGUUUAUGUUUUUUUGUUUUUUUUUAAAAAUGUUACUUUUGAAUAUGAGUUCAUAGAAGAGAUGUAAGGAAAUAUUGCGUAGCAUUGUGGGCAUGAAUAUUGCAUGGUGACUUUGCCACAAACACACAUCAAAUUAUCUUACCUUUGAAAUAUUAAAAUUUUGUACUUUUUAAUAAAAUAUGUGCACCAUCCCUCUUUGCAGCUCCUGACUUCAUUGCACACACAACAAACUUCAUUACAAGAAUCUACCCCAAAGGAACCAGGACAGACUCUUCAAAUUAUGAUCCACAAGAAUUCUGGAACGUUGGGUGCCAAAUGGGUAGGCUUUUCCAUCUAAUUUUAUGUGAUGUCUUUGCAUGCAUGAAACACCAAAAUAGGUUUAGAUAUAUGGCUUAGAUUUGAUAAUGUCUCACAUGGAUGAAAGCAGGUUGGGGGCUGACAUAUAUUGGAAUCUAGAGUGCUUUUGGGUUGCAGUCACAGGCCAGAGGGCUGAGGAGGGCAAUAAGGUUAAGGUAGGUGUGUGGAACUUCUGUCCCUUCAGAUAUUGCUAAACUAGAACUCUGAUCAGCUCCAGAAAGUGUAGCCAAUGGCCAGAGUUGAUGAGAGUGAUAUUUCAGCAGCAUUGGGAGAGCCGAAGAUUCUACACACCUGGAGACAGUAAAGCAAAGAAGCAUCAAACACAUUGGCCAGUCUGAGAUGUAAUGGAGAACCAUAGUGGAGAGUCGGGGCAGGGUGAAUCAUGUGGUCCUCCUCCUCCUCUCUUUGUGCACCGGGGGAUGUGCAAAGUAUCUUUUUGUAACAGACUAACCACAGUUCCCUGUGACAUUUGAACUCAGGAAACCAUGGUUUGUGUAAACAAUGAUUCCAGCACAAGCCAGGUUCUGAAGCCAUGAUAUGAGCAUUACUCAUUAACCAUAUUUUAAACAAAGGGCAGUUGCCUCCAUUUGGAUGUCAUGGAAGGCUGUACACAUUUUAAAAUCAGAAAUGAAAGCAUCCAAUCUGCUUGAAAGAGGAGGCUGGAAAGAGGCGGAGAUGUGGUGGACUGCAACUGCCAUCAUCAUGCUGGCUGGGCCUGAUGGGAGUUGUGGUCCAAUAAUUUAUGGAGAGUGGAAGGUUCCCCAGCCCUGACCUGAAUGCAGCCUUGAUGAUAGCGGACAUAUGGCUGAGUCAAAAUUGCAAUCCCUCCUGCUCAAAAAUAUGCUGUGCUGGCCUUCUAAACAGAUGUCUAAGUCCUCUUCCUGUAGCACACUGCCUAAUGUUUAUGUCUUAACUUGUUUGUCAUUGCAAUGGGAAAUGUAACAACAAAUUCAUUAUAUGAAGCCAUGUACUUUCUUUCAUCCUGCGGCAGUUGGGGGGAAGAACAAAAAUACUAAUUACAUCUCUUCCUGCUCAUUGCUUUCAUUUUUCGCUCCUCUUUAAUGGCAUGUGUGUAAUGCAUAACAAAAGAUAAAGUGAUCUGUUUAGUGAUAUUAACUCCUUGCCUCUAAAAGCUUUGACUGGGUGCAUUGUUGGCAGUGGACAGUUUCCUGGCAUGAAAGGAUCAUUUAUUGAGUGCCACUCAGGACUCAGGCAGCCUGCACUGCAGGAAAUUGGAUGAUUUGUAAAUGUCACUGCAGCACCCAGAACUGAAUGGGUGACAUGCGGAAGGAGUGACUUUAUUUCUAUGAAAUUAAAAGGUUCUGAACCAAAGAGUUUUGCCCUUUGAGAUAUAACUAUUUUGAGCUUGUCCGCAUGCUGCCAAUCAUCAGAUUUGUAUGAUGGGAAUAGCAAUACAGUCUGGGGGGGGGGAGAGAGAGAGAGAGAGAGAGAGAGAGAGAGAGAGUCAGUCCCUUGUGAAUGUUGAAGCUAUGCAUGCAUGUUGAGUUGGAAGUAUGUUCCAUCAAGCUCAAUGAGACUUUGGCUGCAUCUACACCUGCUGUCUAAAACACAAUUGAAGCACAUGGCUGAAAAAACAACCCCAUGGAAACUGUAGGUUUUUAAGAUGUUUGGCAAUAGUAGCUCUGUGAGGGGAUAAACAACAGUUCCUGGGAUUAUUGGAGGAAGCCAUGUGUGUUAAGUGUUCUUUAAAUGCAUAGCAUAGAUGUGAUCUUCCUCCCAAGCAAAACUGCAACAAGACUGCAGCCUUAAGGUCUACAAGCUUCCUUAUCAAACUGUCACCUAUAUUUAUUAUAAUCUCUGUUCCAUUUAAAUGCCUAACAGAUGAAAGUUUUACCCACCUGGUGCCCACCAGAUGUUUUCAACUUGAACUCCCAUCAGCUUCAGCCUGCAUGGUCAUGCUGGCUGAGGUUGAAAUGAGUUGCAAUCCAAAACAGCUGGAGAGCGUCAGGUUAGUGAAGGCUGAUUUACAGGAUAGAUGAGGAGGUUGUGGUGGAAAUAUCUACCUUACCUAUCUAGUUUUAUUUAAUUCAUGACCUCGCUUUGAAGUGUUCUCCAGCAACAGAACACCCAAUGAAACAAAACACAACCUAAGCAGAACAAUAAAACUACCAAAAAGAAUGCCAAGCAGAGAAGCUAAACAGCAGUCAGUAAAUCUAGAUGAAAUCAAUUAGGCAAAUUAAAGAUCAGAAGAUUGUCUAAACAGACAGAAAAUCUUUAGGUUCCAACUUUGGCAUCUCCAGCUAAAAGGUUCUUAUAGGAGGCAAUGGGAAAUAGCUUUCUCUGCUUAAGAUAUUGGACUGCCGUGGGGAGAAAAAAAUGGACAGUACUAGGCUAGAUGGACAAAUGGUUUAACUUGAUUCAAGGCUGCUUCUGUGCACCUUUUGAGCACAACAGGUCUUUAAAUCCCAUUUGAAAGGGUCAAUCUUCCGACUUCAGGUGUUACCUAGUCCAGGUGGCACUACUAGGAAUGCUCUUUCUGCAGUGCCUGCCAAACUAAUGGACAGGGAUGGGUAACCUCAUGCCCAGGGGCCAAAUAUGGUCCUUCAUUAUCUGGUCCUCAAAACCCUCCCCAGACCCCACCCUACCCCAGCCCUGCUUCACACUCCAAGUGCCUUGCAGGAACAGGCCCUUGACUACUGAUAAUGACUCUUGGUUCUCUGGAUGGAGGUUAGAGAGUAAUCAUAGGCUCAUAGAAUUGUAGGGUUCAUCUGAGGCUAAUCUAGUCCAACACCCUUCAAUGCAGGGAUAUGCAGCUGUCCCAGACAGGGAUCAAACCUGCAACUUUGGCAUCAUCAUCAUCAUGCUCUAACCAACUGAGCUAUCUGCAUGUGUAGAAACUAGGCUGCUGUACAAAGAUGAAAUUUAGAAUUGCUGCUCCACCCAGUUCUGCCCUAGACACCCCCAGCCAAGGAAGGUACACAUCUGAUAGUUAAUUCUUUAUUGACAAAAACAUGCACUUACAGCAACUCCCACAGUGCUCUGGAUACACAUGGAAACACCCUUCUAGCCUCUAGGAAGUUUUCCCUAGCUCUGUGUCCCAUGGAGCAGUUGCAUAGGAUAGAUUAUGAAACCAUCAAGAGGUUUUCUGAACUGCAUUUUAAAGCCUGGGGAGGUAUGUUAUCCCACGAUCCCCAUGAGAUGUGCACAGGAGCCAGGCAAAGAGGCUACAAGCACGUGCUGAUAUAGGUGCGUAGAGCAAAAUGUGCAAGUGUUGGGGUAUGUGAUCAUUGCAUGCACCAGAAAUUCAGAGGCCCAACCCUUGCAGUUUCAUCACUCCCAUUUGUUUUUUCAAUGUCUCUGUAUGUGUGUGUUUCAUCAGAUCCUGGUGUGUGUGUGUGUGUGUGUGUGUGUGUGUGUGUGUGAAGGGGGAAAUAUUUCUGAAAAUCAGUCAUUACUUCAGUUGCAUUUAAAAACAACAACUGCUCACACAAUACCUUGUAUGCAACUGAAAAUAUCUCUUCCCCCACUUGCAGUGGCCUUAAACUUCCAGACACCCGGAGUACAGAUGGAUCUACUGAAUGGAAAGUAUUUGGACAAUGGUGGCUCUGGUUAUAUCUUAAAACCAGAAUUCCUGAGAAAGAGAGACACAGACUACAACCCACAUGACGUAAACAUGAAAUUCAGAGCGCUUACACUAACAGUAAGGGUAAGAAGGUUUCAUUCCACCUUUUACUUAUCAUUCAUAUAUGAUACUUAUGUUAUGUUUUAUAAACCACUGAGCCUCUUGGGCUUGCUGAUCGGAAGGUUAGCAGUUUGAAUCUGUGAGAUGGGGUGAGCUCCCAUUGCUCUGUCCCAGCUUCUGCCAACCUGGCAGUUCGAAAGCAUACCAGAGCGAAAAAGACAACAGUGACUUUAAAAAGGAAUGGGAAUUUUUUUUACAAGCUAUUUGCAGAAAUAACAAAAAGAAAUGUACUCAAUGUCAAGAUGUGAAUAAACUUUCACAACUUUAUUGAAUUUCAAAAUGGAGGAUGACAAUGUAACAACAUUUAAUAGUAUAUAUACAUGUAGAAUACAACAAACAAUGUAACAAACCAGAGGAGGAAAAUGAGGGACACCAGGUGGAGGGUGGGGAUUGUAAAGGUAGGAUUGGAUUAUGGUACAUGAUAUUUGUAAUUAUAAAACUUUAAUAAAAAUGCUAUUAAUAAAAAAUAAUAAUAAAAGAAAGCAUACCAGAGCAAGCAGAUAAAUGGGAGAGGUAAAUGGCGUUUCCGUGCGCUCUGGUUUCCAUCACAGUGUCCUGUUGUGCCAGAAGCGGUUUAGUCAUGCUGGUCACAUGACCUGGAAAGCUGUCUGUGGACAAAUACAAGCUCCCUCGGCCUAAAAGUGAGAUGAGCGCCACAACCCCAUAGUCGCCUUUGACUGGACUUAACCGUACAGGGGUCCUUUACCUUUACCUUACUUCUCCUAAGCUCUAUUUUUUUUUUUUAAAAAAGACAAUAUCCCAAAUUCAUUAUUGGUUUAACAUUUCAGUUGUACAUCUCUAGUGACUCUUGGCCCAUGUGCCCACAGGUAAAAUCCCUACCCUGCCCCGGUGAGGGAAGCUGCGUAAGUCUAGCCAAGCAUGGUUAAGUCCUUUCAAAUCCAACCAGCUAGGGCAGUGCAAUGCAUCUCUUUCUAAGCAGUGAUCAGCACCCUGGACAGCUCACAGUGGACUUCCCCAUUGGCUCAGUCCUGUUCAGUGGCAGGCAGGCAGCGGUUCAGUGGUGGCAAGGACGGGGCCAUGAACCCACAGGGUUUUUUAUGGGUGCCCUGCCCCCCCAGGGCCCCCUGAAGUUGGCGCCUAUGGCCCCAGUUCAUCAAGGUUGAUGGCAGUUGUAGGCCAGCAACAUUUGGAAGGCCACAGGUUCCCUAUGCAAGAUCUGCACUGAUAGCAUCCAGAGUUUCAGACAGGAGACUUUCCCAGCCCUACCUAAAGAUGCAAACCUAUUCCUCAAAAUUUCCACUUAUCUCAAUUUGCAGUGUAGUUGUGCAAUCAGACAAUGUGUACAGAAUUCAUAUAUUUGGGGAGAAUGUGCAUGAAGAUAAACACAUUAGGGAGAAUAACAUACAAAACGCACCAUAUUAGGGGAAAUUGCUUGCAAAACUGCAUACAAAACUGUGUUUACAGGGAGAAAAAAGCAGACGAAUUUCCCCAGAUUGCUGUAGAAAUGUUGAGAACUGAAUGUAAGACUGGUACAGUGACAAAUGGGGAAAACCAGAAUUGACAGAUCCUUCCAUCCAUGCUCAGAACAGACACACUGAAAUUAAUAGACCUUAGUUAGUUGUAUCCAUUAAUUUCAAUGGGUAUAUUCGUGAGUAGGAGUAAUAGUAAUAGGAGUAAUACAACCCAUGGAUUUAAACAGCAUACUUUGAACUAAGAAGAAUGCAAUAAUUUUAGGAGCAGCCUUAAUCAUGAGAGCUAAAUGGGGGCUCCAUAUUCAGAAGUACAGACUUUAUGUUCAGGGUAUGUACAUUUUCAUACCAGAGACUGAAACCAAAAAAAGGUGAUGGCGGCACAAUACCAGGAACUGCUGGAAUCCAUGUGGCUGCCUCAUGUGGUGAACUGUUGAACUUCAGUUGGCAACCAUCUCAGAUUGACCUUCUGGAUUGACUCUGCUCACCCAAACUGAUCGCUAGAUCUUUCUGGACAGAAGAGAGUUUAGAGAGCCUCUUUUCUCAAGCUAAACCUUGCUUGAGCAACAAGAUCUGCCUGAGCACUUCCCAUAUCUUGUAUUUUCCUCUUCAUCUGGAUCCCUGCCUUCAUAAUUCUUUCUCUUGCAUCCUGAUAAUUCUUUGGUCUCCUGCCUUUGGCCCACUUCCCUGUUGUUUCUUAAUUUUUACUCCAGCCUCUCAUUUCCCAGCUCCUAAAUUUCUCCAGACUUGCCCAUGACCCAGCACUCACUUCACGGCCAACUUGUGAUCUUCACAGAAACAUGCAGUUGGCUGUGUUUGGAAGCAGAAUGCUAGAUGGGUCUUUGGUCUGAUCCAGUAGGGCAGUUCUGAAUUGGGAAACCCUUCCUGGAGGCAGAGUUUUCUGUGGGCAACCCUAAUCAUGCCUACUCAAAACUAGGGAUGCCAAAGAAUUCAGAAACAGGAGCAGAAAUGGCCAUUGUUCACUUACUUAUCCCAUGUCUGGAAGAGAAAUCAAUUCAGCAAGUACAAUUGGUAUUAGCUGCUGUUUUUGCUGCCAGUCUGUAAAUGAUACACAAUUGCUUAUGUUCCCCCCAUCGGUUUUGUAUUUCCUUUGCACGGAAAUGAAGGGGGCGGAAUAACAUCAACAUAACUGAUGCGAUUUAUCUAAUUAAUUACGUAACUUAUGUAAAUUUUGCCACCAUGGAUAGCGAGACAAAUAAUGUAGUUUUUGGCAGAAAACCGACUGCAGCAGAACAGAAACAAUUCUGCAUGCAAAGAACGCAGAGCAGCAUGGAAAAUGAUACCUUAUUAGAUCCCAACUCUGAAGUAAGUCCCACUGAAUUCAAUAGGGCUAGGAUAGGAAUGCAGGAGUAUAGUUACAGUUUACCCUCUCUAGCCCCCUAGCUACAAUGUAUCCCCGGAUUGGGAUUAAAUCUAAUUUGCAGCAUCCAAGAAUGAAACUGAACUUUCCAAAAAUUCUGGCAUUCUGCUUACAAGGCAGCCUCAUUAAAUACUGUUAUUUACAAGGAUCUCGUUCUCAGUACACCUAGGUCAUUCUUCAGCUGCAAUUUAGAACAUUACCGUAGCAUGUUGAAAAUAGAGAGAGGCAAAUUGAAUUAAACCUUUCAGGGCAAGCUGUGAUAUUCAUGUACAGAGAUGGUUCUGGAAAAUUGCCUGUUUGAACAAAAAUAAAUCAAACAGGUUUGAUUUAUUAUCUGUAAUAUUUCCUGGUACUCUCCUGUGCUUGUUGUUGAAAAUACCUCAAAUACUAUAAAUUCUGUGGCCAGCAAGCUGCAAAUAGUUAUCAAAGACAUUUGACAGGUUAUUAAAUACCAGCGGUGUACAGUGUGUGUGUGUUUGGGGGGUGGAGGUGGUCUGGCUACAGAAUAAGCAUUCUCUUCCCAUCUUGCCAACCUUUAACAAAGAUUUUGUUUACCAUUUUUUUAAAAAAUGCGUGUUAAACAAGGCCAGAUAUUUUUCUCCCUCCUUCAUAAGGAAUGGUUGAGGGAAUUGGUAUGUUUAGCCUGGGUAAAGAGAAGAUGUGAUAGCCAUCUUCAAACAUCUCAAGGGCUGUCACAUGGAGGAUGAAGCAAGCUUGUUUUCUCCUGCUCCAGAGGCUAGGGCCCCAACCAAUGAAUUCAAGUUACAAGAAAGGAGAUUCUGACUAAAUAACAGGAAGAACUUUCUGACAGUAAGAAGGAUUCAGCAAUGGAACAAUCUUCCACGAGAGGCGGUGGACUUUCCUUCCUUGGAGAUUUGUAAGAAGAGGUUGGACUGAUUUGUGGAGAAUUGGUCUAUCAAAGAGUAUUGGUGAAAAAGAACCUCCAUAUUCAAAGGCAGGACAACCCUAAUGCAUUAAGAGGUAUAAUACACCUGACAAGUAGAAGUAGAACAUAGACAUCAAUAGCCUUGUCCUCCAUGAAUUUGUCUAACCCUUUUUUAAAGCCAACCAAUUUCCUGUGGGAUUGAGUUUCACAGUUUAACUAUACACUGUGAAAAAGCACUUCCUUUUAUCUAUGCUGAAUUUUCCAACAUUCAGCUUCAUUGGAUUAAUGAAUUAUUGCAUCGUAGUUUUGUUUUGUUUUUAAAAAACAAAAACAAAAAAAACUUUGAGGUUUUGGUAAUGAAAGCUUUCUGUCAGGAAAUCUUAUCUGCCAUUAUGAUUCAUCUGAUUAAGAAACCCUGACAAGCUUCUGAGAAACUCCCGAAGUUUUCCAAAGUAUAAUUUGAAAGUUAGUGAAUCAUAUGAACCAAGAAAGUGUUUGAGAUAUAGGUAUCACCCAAGCACUAUGGGGGUCUAUGCCUAUGCAUUUUGUGUUAUACAAUAUUGGUCCUGGACGACUCUGUGUUCUGCUGAUUUUAUAACAUCUUAUUUUUAUGUUUAUGGUAAAGUGAAUCUUUUCUAAAGCAUUUAAAUCAUAUAUACUUAUGGAUGUUUUUCCUCCUUCCGCAGCAGUUAAUGGAUGACUCCUGUUGUUGACAGUAGGAGAAAGAUUGAACGCUAUAUAGGGAUCCAUGCUAUAGCAAUCUUCUUAGUAGAGCUAAUGGUUGUAAUUCUGAAAAUCUCAAGAGAUUUAAAGAGGAUGACACCGUGGAGUGCUGUAGUAUUUAUUUAUGUGGCAUUUUCAAAGCUCUCAUCCCAGGGUUGAAUUGGACUGUGAAAUUUCACCGUUUGUAGUCCAGAGGUUGCUGGACUACAACUCCCAUCACUUCUGACCAUUGGCCAUGUUGGCUGGGGUUGUAUCAUGUGAAAUUUGUAAAUUCAGAAAUUCAGAGAGUGCCCUCCAUCAUUUGAUGCUGGGGCUGUCUACCCUCAUAAUAUAACCACACUAGCAAUAUUGUUGUCAUAAAAUAAUGAUGAUGGGUUGUCUCCCAUGCUUGUCCCAGUUAGAGUAGAACUACUUAGAGUUAUUCUGAGUAAUUCUUACCUGGAUACAAUCCCAUGUUGUUGUUGCAACAAGAGCAAAAACAGAAAAAGGUAGAGUGAAUCAAUUUCAGCACAGUAAAAGGUAAAGGUAAAGGUACCCCUGACUGCUAGGUCCAGUUGCGGAUGACUCUGGGGUUGUGUGCUCAUCUCACUCUAUAGGCCGAAGGAGCCAGCGUUUGUUCACAGACAGCUUCCGGGUCAUGUGGCCAGCAUGACUAAGCCACUUCUGGCAAACCAGAGCAGUGCACAGAAAUGCCGUUUACCUUCCUGCCGGAAGGUAUCUAUUUAUCUACUUGCUAUUUAUCUACUUGCACUUUGAUGCGCUUUUGAACUGCUAGGUGGGCAGGAGCUGGGACCGAGCAACAGGAGCUCACCCCGUCGCGGGGAUUCGAACUGCCGACCUUCUGAUCAGCAACCCUUGGAGUCCUCACUUGCCCAUGGGUUUUUUUUGGAGGGGGCGCCUAGCCCUGGCACUCACCCCCAAAUCCCUAGCAGCCCACACCAUGUCGUCUUUUAUUCAGAUGACACGGAGCGUGCUGCCAUUCCACACUAGUUCUCUUUAAGUGUGUGGGGUGAACAUGUGUAGACAGAAAAAGGGGAGUGGGCAGACAAGCAGGCACCUUGAGUUCAGCAUCUCCAGAGGAACCAGCGUCACUUCAGAUCUUCCAACAAUGAAAGGAGAAGUCUCAAAGUGGAUUCUUGUGGGAACGUAUCUCUGUAAUUUGAGCAAUUCAUUCAUGCUGGCGGUUGAUUUCCUUUAUGUAGAUUAUCAGUGGUUGCCAGCUGCCUCCAAGCAACCUCUCCAAGAGUAAUAAGGCUGAUCCUGUAGUCAAGAUAGAGAUUCAUGGAGUUCCUGGAGAUAUGAAUAAACAGCAGACUUCUGUCAUAAAGAACAAUGGUAAGUCUAAUACACCUGAACUUGGGUAAGAUGUUCAGCGGAGCUCUGUUCAAAAACGCAUGUCCAACAACUAGAUUUCCCCUCCUGUUUCUUGCAGCUUUGAAUCCUAGAUGGAAUGAAACAUUCACGUUUAACAUCAAUGUUCCCGAUCUUGCCUUAAUACGCUUUGUUUUAGAAGAUCAGAUGGCACUAACUGCAAAUGACUUCCUCGGUCAAUUUACUUUGCCAGUUAUGAGCCUGAAUAAAGGUAAGAUUAAGCAGGGAUGGGAGGAGUCAGCAUGCACACACACAAUAUUUGUGCAUGCAUAGGUUUCCCCAUUCAUUGUGGAGUUUGAGACAAUUUUGCACAUGUGGUCCCUCUGCGCUGAUACAGCUGCCCUAUUGCUGGAGUGGCUGCAGAGCUCUAGAUUGUGGUGAAAUAACUUGAUUACAGUUUUGUACAGAGGAAUUAAAUUAGCCAAAUCAGCCAUAGACAAAGGCAGCCUUUAAAUCAAUAUAGUCAUUUUAGGAGAAUUUAAAAGUUUGUGCGAUAGAAAUCCAUCAAACGGGUUCAUACUUGUUUUGUAGCUACAAUAUUUAUUUAUUUAAAAAACCCCUCCCACAUAAAAUCAGUUUAUAAAAUAUUUCUUUGAGUUUAAUAUUAUAUCCACAACCCAAUGAAAUAUCCAUAGAAUUAUUAAGCUGUAUUUCAGGCUACAUGAACCGUCUUGAAAUAUUUAGUCUCUAACAAGACAACAAAGUCUAUGUGCUGUCAGACUAAAUCUUGCAAUGCUAUUAUGGAAGAGGAAGAUGUCUAUUUAUCAAUAUCAAGGCACAGGAAAACCACAAAUAAAAAUGCAUUCAAAUCUACCAGUAUGAAGUUAGCAGUACAAAAUAAAGAGAGAUUAUUACUUUAAAUGGCAUACAAGGAUGAUUUUCUGGGAAAGCUAAAGUAAAUCUCUACUGUCAAGAGUGCCAAAAGAAAUGAAGAAGCAAAAUAGUUAGACAACUUUCUUUUUUAUUUUGCAAGAUCAAAAGAACUUUUCCUUCUAUGACAGAAGCAGUGAACAUUUUUCAGCUUGAGGGCCAUAUUCCCUCCUGGGCAACCUUCCAGGGGCCACAUGGAUGCAAAUUUGACCUUAUGUGGUCAGCUAGUUUCUACAGUGGACCUUGUCCAUUCAGACAAGCAAGAGGCAUUGUGAGUGUUUAAGAACACAUUGCAGCCAGGCAAAAGCACCUGGGAGGCAAACAGGGCCAGUGAGGAGUGUGGAUUGAGGAGAGUUCCAAGGACCAGACAGAGAGACCUGGAGGGUCAGCUUUGGCCCUUGUGAUGACCCCCACCCCAGAACCAUACACUCACCUCUCUCUCUCUCCUUCAGGCAAGCAGAAGGCACCUUCAGAAGAUACGUUUCAAGCAUUCAAUGGGGUUACAAAACAGGGCCACUGGGAGCUGUGUCUGCAGAGCGUUUGUGGCCUGGGGAGAAUUGGAGGGCCAGAUCUCCAUAUUAUCCAAUACUCUGUGUGUUCUGCAGGGGACACAUAGGUCUCUUAAGAAGCAAUCAUAGUUGCUGGGAGUGUGGCCAAUAAGAAUAAGAAUAAUUUAUUAUUUAUACCCCUCCCAUCUGACUGAGUCUCCCCAGCCACUCUGGGUGGCUUCCAACCAAAUAUCAAAAACAAUAUGGCGUCAGACAUUAUAAACUUUCCUACACAGGUGUCUUUUAAAAGUAAAAUAGUUUAUUGCCUUGACAUCUGCUGGAAGGGCGUUCCACAGGGCGGGCGCCACUACCAAGAAGGCCCUCUGCCUGGUUCCCUGUAACCUCACUUCUCGCAGUGAGGGAACCACCAGAAGGCCCUUGGUGCUGGAUCUCAGUGUCCGGGCAGAAUGAUGGGGGUGGAGACGCUCCUUCAGCUAUACAGGACCGAGGCCAUUUAGGGCCUUAAAGGUCAGUGCCAACACUUUGAAUUGUGCUCGGAAACGUACUGGGAGCCAAUGAAGAUCUUUCAGGACCGGUGUUAUAUGGUCUCGGUGGCCACUCCCAGCCACCAGUCUAGCUGCCGCAUUCUGGAUUAAUUGCAGUUUCCGAAUCACCUUCAAAGGUAGCCCCACAUAGAGCAUAGGCCAAGGGGCUGUAGGAUGCUGAGGGUCCACACCCCUGCCAUGGGCAGAGCAGGAAGUCCAUGGGUGGAGGCCUCUCUAGUGUGGCAGAGUAGGAAGCCCGUACAUGGAGGCCUCUCAGAGCUCUCCACUGACAUUUCUCAUCUAGCAGUGAUCCACAGGGCCAGAAAAUGGGGUGUGCCAUGGGGUGGCAGAGAGAAAAGCAAAUUCUCCACUGGGCAUACCCAAUUUCUUUGACCAGGCUGCAUUAGCUCUCUGGAAGAACCUGGUCUCUUGCUUUUCCACAUAGGUAGUUCCCCAAGGAUUGUAUGAACAUGGCUGCACACACAACAUGCAUUUGAAACACAUUGAAAGCGCAUAACUGCCCCUUCCCCAAGAAUCCUGGGAACUGUAGUUUAACCCUCCCAGGAUUACGAUUCCUUCCAUUCUUAACAAACUACAGAACUGGGGAUUUGGGGGCAAAGGAAACAAUGUGCUUUAAAAGCAUGGUCUGUAUGCAUCACAUGUGUGGAUUUACUUUUUAAAAAAUUGGCAUGGUUUUUUUUUUAAAAGCUCCUUCCUUCAUCAUAUAUUAUUGGAUGUGCAUUUUAGAUUUAGGACAUUGUUUGGGGAAAAAAUCUUCUUCCUUCUUGGUUUGUUUCUAGGAUACCGCCAUGUUCCAUUGGUCUCCAAGCUCGGAGUGACCCUCAAGCCCGCCUCGCUCUUCGUAUAUAUCUGGUACUGCUUUCAUGUCCUGAGUUAAUGUCAUCACUACUCCUCCCAGCUGCGUGUUUAAUAAAGCAACCAUAAUCAAAGCAGAAGGCACCCGAUUCCUUCACACAGCACACACGUAGCUAAACUAUGGAAUUUGCUCCCACAAAAUGAAGUGAUGGCCGCCAGCUUGGAUGGCUUUAAAAGGAGACAAGUCAUAUCUGUGGAGGAAUAAUAGAACUGAAGAGUUGGAAAAGACCCCGAGGUCCGUCUUGUCCAACAUCCUGCAAUGCAGGAAUCUCAACUAAAGCAUCCAUGACAGAUGGCCAUCCAACCUCAGCUUAAAAACCUCCAAUGAAGGAGAGUCCACAGCCUUCUGAGGAAGUCUGUUCUGCUGUUGAACAGCUCUUACUGUCAGAAAGUUCUUUCUGAUGGUUAGUUGGAAUCUCCUUUCUUGUAACUUGAAGCCAUUGGUUUGACCCCUACCCUCCAGAGCAGGAGAAAACAAGGUUGCUCCAUCUUCUCAUGUGGCAGCCCUUGAGAUAUUUGAAGCUCCUUAUGCCUCCUUCUUUUAUUUCUUGUUGGAAUUGGUGUCUUCAGUACUUCACCAUUAAGAAACUCCCAUCCAUCUUGAGCUUCCUUCUCAUUGAGUAUGGGAUCUCACCCAGUAGUUCCUCAAGCUUUUUGAAACCAGCCUUCUUAAAGUCCAGAGUGCAUGUCCAACUACAGUAAGCUUUCCCUUGCCUCUGAAUCAUGAAACCCAAGAGGACAUGGUCACUUCCUCCUAAGGUUCCCAGUACUUUUGCUUCAUUGACCAGCUUUUCCCUGUUGGUGAGGACUAGGUCCAAGGCAGAUGAUCCCCUUGUUGCUUCUUCCACCUUCUGGGAAAUGAAAUUGCCAGUGAGGAUAUGGCUACCAAUGGCUCUUAGCCAUGAUGGCUAAGUUCUGCCUCCUCUGUUGGAGGCAGUAUUCUUCUGAAUGUCAGUUGCUGGGGAUCACAAGUGCAGAGUUGUACCCAGGUCCUGCUUGCAGGCUUCCCACAGGCAUCUUGAUGGCCACUGUGAGAACAGGAAGCUGGACUAGAUGGGCCAUUGGUUUGAUCCAGGAGGGAUCUUCUUAAAGGUGCUAGGUAGAGGCUUGCACUAGCACACAGAAGUUAAUGAGAUGACUUCUGUGACGUAAUGGACUGGAUUUGCAUGAUAGCAAAUAUUUGCACUUAUCUAUUUAUUUUUUUAAAAACCUUUUGUGCAAGAGCAAAUUCUUUGCAGUGCUUUGUGUCUCCCUCUAGCUGCUAUUGCAUUUGGAGCUCAUUUCCAGUGUUUAAUCCUCUGCCCUUCAAGGAAAAUACCAACACCGCUUUUCAGAAUGGUGCUGUGGCAGAGGUAUGGUAAUGAAUGUUAGCUUCUUAAUACACAGUGCCUGCAACAGAACAUUGCCACAUGUCCUCAGCUGCAAACAGGAAUUCAGAGUUUUAGCCAAGCUUCCUUCACCUCAUGCCUUAGUUGUUGACUAGAAGAGUUUUGCAGCAAUUGGCGCACCUAAGUGAUGAUGAUGAUGAUGAUGAUGAUGAUAAUAAUAAUAAUAAUAAUAAUAAUAAUUUAUACCCCACCCAUCUAGCUGGGUUUCCCCAGCCACUCUGGGCGGCUUCCAACAAAAUAUUAAAAUACAAUAAUCCUUCAGAUAUUAAAUGCUUCCCUAAACAGAGCUGCCUUCAGAUGUCUUCUAAAAGACUGGUAGUUGUUUUUUCCUUUGACAUCUGGUGGGAGGGCAUUCCACAGGGCGGGCACCACUACCGAGAAGGCCCUCUGCCUGGUUCCCUGUAACUUCGCUUCUUGCAGUGAGGGAACCACCAGAAGGCCCUUGGCGCUGGACCUCAGUGUCUGGGCAGAACAAUGGGGGUGGAGACACUCCUUCAGGUAUACUGGACCGAGGUCGUUUAGGGCUUUAAAGGUCAGUACCAACACUUUGAAUUGUGCCCAGAAACGUACUGAAAGCCAAUGUAGGUCUUUCAAGACCGGUGUUAUGUGGUAUUGGCGGCCACACCUAGUCACCAGUCUAGCUGUCGCAUUCUGGAUUAGUUGUCGUUUCCGGGUCACCUUCAAAGGUAGCCCCACGUAGAGCGCAUUGCAGUAAUCCAAGCGGGAGAUAACUAGAGCUUAAGAAUGAGCUGCAAUGUAGCCGCUGAAAAAUAUCAACACAAGCUUUGUAAAUUAUUGGUAUUGAUAUCCAGUAUUGUGUAAUGAAAUUGUUCAUAGGGGAACAGAUAGGGCCAAAGGCGAGGGUGAUGGACGGCGGCGGCGGGGGGGGGAGGAUGUUGCUCAUGUGAGAUCACAAGAUCCUGAUAUCUCACAAAUGCGCAUUGUGCCUCCUUCCCUAACUUGGGCAGAAGCUUCCUAGGAGGAGCCAAUGGAACAUUUAGAGGACUAGCCUAGUCCCGCUAGUCCACUCACCACACGCCACCGCUAGCUACUAGCCACACUAGCUAUGAUCUACCUCCAGAACAGAGUUAAACUAAGGAAUUAGCUCCCAGAAGAUGUAGUGAAAGCUGCCAACUUGGAUGGCUUUAAAGAGGAUCAGGCAAAUUCAAAGAGGACCAGGCUACCAGUGGCUACUCAUUAUGAUUUGCAUGAACUCCAGUGUUGGAGGCAUUUUGCUUCUGAAUGCCAGUUGCUGGCUAUCACAAACCGUGAGAGAGCUAUCGAGCCCAGGUCGUUCUUAUUAGCUUCCCAUGGGCAUCUUGGUUGGCUACUGUGGGAACAGGAGUUGGACUAUAACUGAGCAGUCAGCUUGAAAGAGCAGGGCUCUUCUUAAGUUCUUAAAUAUUUACUGGUUAGUUACUGGAGUGUGUGGUGCCUUUGCUGGAAGAUAAUUGGUUAGCUUACCAAGAUGACUGACACCUCAGCGUAUCAGGUCAGGGAUUUUUAUUCUUUCAAGUUUCCAAGCUAUGGCAGGUUUUCCUCAGCACACAAUAAUAGACAAGUUAAUUUAAUUGGGGUGGGUGUACCUAUCUAUUCAUUAUGAUGGAUAUGUAUUGUUAUUCGGUUUCUAAACAGUAAUUUUAUAUAGUUUGUGUAAUAAAACAAAAUCGAUGGCAAAAGCAUUAGGUAGGUAGAAAUGAAAUUUCAGUUAGCUUUCAAGGUAUUAAUCGCCUGGGUGGUAGCAUGAGUGAGUUACCAUUAGCGUAGCAUCACAUUUACAGGUGUGAUGUAUCUGAUCCAUUUACCACAAGCCUUGUAUAAAUAUUACUGCAUUUGUGUUUGUGUGGAAUGCAUGUGUUGAAAUGACCAGCCUCAAUAGAGCAAUAACAAGAGAAAAGCAGAGUCAAGACUACAGAACUGCUGGAAAGCAAAUGUCUACAUUUAUCUACAGUAAACCUUAAGGGAACAAAUUAAAAACCCAGUCUACUGAGAAGCCUCUGAAAUCAAUAUUUAUUGAGCUUUAAGGACAGGAAGUUUGAAAAACAGCCAGAGUGAGCUGCCAAAUGCACUUUAUUUUUAGAGGGGAAAGUAAUUUGCCUUUUCAGCCUCCCAAAGCUGUAAUCAGAAUUUUGGCCCUGAUAAUCUUAUAUUGCUUGUGUGGGUGUGUUUUAUAGCCAUUUUUUUUUAAAAAAAGCAUUAAAAUCACAAAUUUUCAGAACUGUGAAGCAUAUGAAGGUCUUUGCUUGAAUAGAUUCGUAUUACGCCUUUCAUAUAUUGCACUCAGUGGAGUGGGACGCUAAUAUCUCCAUCCUUUAUGGCAUCUCUCUCCAAGAGUUGUCCAAAAGGGAAGAUAAUGCCAGUUGCUUUGUUAGUGCAAAGGGCUCUGAAUUAACUCUGUUUCUUGUCCUGAACUCUGUUUCUUUCGCAAUGUGUCCUGUUUUCUACUGGUCAACCUGGCUGAGUUUGUUGGUGGGUCUUAAGACAUGGAUGAUUGGCAAUCCCUCUGCAAUCCCUAACAGGCAACCACUACCCUUCCUUUGAGGCCAGGGCUGGCUAAACUAUUUUGGCCCAGGAGCCACAUUCAGCCUUUGCCAAUCAUCCAGGGGCCACAUAUCAGUUGUGGCUAUUGCCACACCACCCUCUCACAUGCACCCACCCACAACACAUGCAGGCCCGCUAAGAAGGGGUACUGUCUUUUUUUUGCUGCCGCAAGCAAAUUCACUGGGACCCGGAAAAAAUUCCUUGGAGGACCACAUCAGCCCCCAAGGAGAUGGCUAGUUCCCUGCUCUAACAGCAAAUGGGCAUAAGAACAUGAGAACCUGUUGGAUCAGGCCAAUGGCCCAUCUAGUCCAACAUCUUGCUACAACGGUGCCCAACCAGAUGUCUCUGGGAAACCCCCAAACAGGACUUGAGCCCAACAGCAUUCUCACUUCUUGCAGUUUCCACUGUGGCAGCCCGGGCUAAUGUUAGGGGGCCACCAAGAGAAAAGGCAGGAAUUCAGCAUACUGAAAAAAAUCCUCUACAUAUGCGGGUGGCGCUGUGGUUUAAACCACUGAGCCUCUUGGACUUGCCGAUCAGAAAGUUGGUGGUUCGAAUCCCCAUGAUGGGGUGAGCUCCCAUUAUUCUGUCCCAGCUUCUGCCAACCUAGCAGUUGGAAAGCAGGCCAGUGCAAGUAGAUAAAUAGGUACCGCUGCGGCAGGAAGGUAAACGCCAUUUCCAUGUGCUCUGGUUUCCAUGAUGGUGUUCCAUUGCACGAGAAGCGGUUUAGUCAUGCUGGCCACAUGACCUGGAAAGCUGUCUCUGGACAAACUCCGGCUCUCUUGGCCUGGAAGCGAGAUGAGCAACCCCAUAGUCGCCUUUGACUGGAUGUAACUGUCCAGGGGUCCUUUACUUUUUUACCUACAUAUGCAGAUAAAUGUAGAGGCGAAUACGCACAACCUUUCUUGCAAGCACUGCUUGUAUAUAGUGACUGGUCCAACUUGCCUGACUGGGAGUCAGUGUCUAGUAUGGUGUUUCCUUGGUGUUGUGGUAGCAAAUAUAUACAGACAUUCACCACUGCUGUGAUCAAGGCAUGCUUAGAGUGCGACAAGAGUAGGAGACUCUCUCUUGCUUGCACCUUGUGGUGAGAGAAGCAGAGAGAGAGUCUUUGUCUCUUGUUGGACUCUAAGCAUGCCUUGAUCACUGCAGUGGUGAAUGUCUGUAUAUAUUUGCUACCAAUAUGCUUUUAUGCCUGUCAAGUAAAACUUCUACACUUGACUGAAUCUUUAUGGCAUCCAUGAGUGUUUAUUGACUACUGUGUGUACCUUCAACCCCAAAUAUGCUUCCAAGGAAGGAGCUGUGCUUAGAUGUAACUCUGCUGAGUAUGGCUACUGGCACACAUGAACAGUGAAAGUGAUGCCAGACCCAACCCUUCUAAACUGAUGGAUUGAUCCAACAAUUUGCCCAUAAGAAACCAGCUGAUGUGCUUCACGUAGCGCAUGAUGGAUUGAUGGACCUUGCUGCUGCAGAAGAUGCAGUGCUGGCCACAAGCUUAUAUGGCUCCAGAAGGGCAUCCGAUGAAUUCAAGGAAGAUCAAGGUCUACAAGUGGCUACAAAUCAUGAUCACUGUGGCAUCUUCAGGUUUAGAGGCUGUAGAGCACUGAAUACCAUCUGGGCUGCAGUAGUGGGGCUAUGGUCUCCACCUCCUACUUCUGGUCUUCUGGGAGAAGAUGCUGGGUUAGAUAGACCAUUACAAGUAGCAGCCUGUAUGGUGUGGUGGAGCCACCCUCCUGACAUUGACAUCACUGCAAGUUACCCAGAUGAACUGUGGGGAGGGAGCAGUAAGGUCAGGGCUGCAUGAGCACACUGGUUUGAGCAAACCUGCUGCUCCCACCGUUGUGCCUGCAAAGUUCCAACCUUGCAGCUACCCUAACUUGUUCCAUCUCCUUCCCCCUGCCCAAAAAAGCUGCAGUGACACCAGUGUCUGAAGAAUAGCUCCGCCCCACCAGAUUGAUACCUACCAGUCAGAUGUUGGUCUAAUCCAGUAUGGUUCUUGGGUUCUGAGAUUUGCCAAAGCAACACACAGGCAAUUCCAUCCCCAGUCUUCAAAAAUUCUGCCAGGCAUUGUGUGGGAAGCACAUUAACCCUCCUCGCUGCCUCCUCCUCCUCCUCCUCGAGAUAAUCCAGUCUGGGGCUAGAUGAGUAGCUUCCCACAUGGCUAGCCCACCAAGUCCUCUCAAUUGAUUUAUGAUUUGUAGUUAUAACCUGCCCUUCAGUGCAUGGCCCUAGGAUGGGUUACAAAAAUAUCGCAAUAAAAGAGAGAUGCGGAUGAACGUGGAAACCAUAAAGCAAAACCAUAAAAUAAACAAACAGCAGUGCAGGCAGAGGGAAGGCACCCACUCAGACUGACGCCUGGGUCAAGAGGUGCAUGCUUUGAUCAGUCAUCAUAAAGCAUGCACAUCUCAGAGUGGGGUCACUCCAUAACCGGGGUGGGGAUGGAGCACACAGAGAAGACAUUCUCAUGCACCACCACCUUUGAUUAUUGCAACAAUACUCACUUCAUGCCAUAGAGAGUUCCACAGUUUUAUUCCGUAUCAGGUGGCAAAAGUUCUUUCUUUUGCCUGUCCUUUUGACCCUGCUGCCAAUUAACUUCGCUGAGUGACCUCCGAGAUAUAGUAUUAGGAGAGCGGGGAGGGGAAAUAUUGAUCUUUCUUCAGUUACUUCCAAUUUAACAUCCUUAUUUUAUUGGGCUGAGCAGAACUGCACAUAGUUGUUUAUGCCAUGCUUUUCAGAGCAGGGAGGGAUGAGUCUGUCACUUUUGGUUUCUCUCUGUUUCUCUGAAGUUCAGCUUUCCACAUUUCCACAGUACUUUGCAAACCCUUUUAAAAGAAGUCCUCGUGAAACCUCACCUGCAUUUCAGCGUAUUUUUCUCCAGUUAUACACCGCUUGGUAUGCAGUCUUACCUAAAAUGUACCACUUUGCAAACAAUUCUCUCCUAAUAUGAAACAUAUUUUGUUUAGUAUUUUCACUGUUAUAUGCAUUUUUAUGCACACUUUACUGUAUGCAGCCUCUGCAUUUUUGUACACAUCACUUGGUUGGAAAACUGUAUUGCAUAAAUUGGAGAAGUGCCAAUUUCGAAAGAUGGGCCCUUAUUUCAAUUUGUGCUUUGGAAACAGUCAAUCAGAUAGGUUCGCCGCUAAGUGUAAACUGAAACUUCGCCCACCUACUAGCACGGAGAAGAGCUUUAUUAAACAUGAGCCCUGAAAUUUGGGAUUCCCUCUCCGAACUGAAGCCAACGAUUUGUAAUUGUUUUCUGCCACUUUGUACCACAUUUUUUACCACCACCUCCUACAAAGAAGUACAAAAUGCUGGCAUCAGUUUGGAGGGGACCCCAGUUUUGGGGGUUCAUAUUUAAUAAAGCUGCUCUUACUUCCCAAGUAAAUGGAGUAAAUGUCCCAGGAGCAGAAAUCUGAGGGUCAUGACCCAAGAUAGAUAGAUAGGGAGACUGACAGAUAUUAGGACCCACCCUCUUCUUGUGACUGUAGUUUGUUUUUAACAUUGUGCUUUUUAAUGGAUGCAAUGCUCCCUGGGACCUUAUGGUGAAACGCAGGUAAGAAACCAAAAUGAUUGUGUAACUGCUUAUGGUUUACUAUAGUGCUCUGUUCUUUUUCAAAGCAGAGGAGGAAUUUAGAGCAAAAAAGCAGCAUCUGGAGGUGUUCAGAUCUCCACUCAUUGCCUUAUCACUCCAAACCUCUCCUCCCCCAAGCCACUUACCCCACUGGGUUCAAAAUUCUGGUUUGUAAAGGGAAACACAUUUUGAGCCCUGCAGAGAGAAAAGCUGCUAGCGGAAUGAUUUGGAGCAGGUGUGAAAUGGUCAGGAACGUGUUAAACGCCCACGCUGCAUCUCAGUUCUAAAUAACCUGCUCUUGAAGAUGCUUUGAUGUUUACAAAACAGCACUGGAGGAACACGAUGAACCGCAUUAGCGUGCAGUGGGUAAGCCUUCGCUGCGAUUGCAUGCUGGAAAAUAUCCACACAGGCCUUUUAUGCACCUGUGCUAAUGGGGACGUUUUUGUUUUGCAAAUGGAGGGCAGUAAUUCCAUGAAGAUAACGAAAUGACAAUGGACCAUGAAAAAGCCAUUAUAAUUUCCUCGUGAUUAGCAGCUUGCUAUGUGCACUUAGCAACCUCCUCUGUGCUCAUGUUCUCCAAGGCAAACACUUCAGUUAAUGUGGCAAAACAGUUCAUGAGGAAAAGAGGGAGAGACGUCCACAGGAAUGAGUAACUCACUUGCCUGAGACAGCCUUUGGCAGCCUGGUGCCCUCUGUCCUGUGCUGGCUGGGGCUGAUGGGAGCUCUAGUCCAAAAAAAAAUCUGGAAACUUAGCUAAGGCUGACUGGGGUUGAUGGGAGUUGUGGUCCAAAACAUCUGGAGGCUACCAUGUUGGCGCAUCCUGGCUGGGUCUGAUGGGAGAUGUAGUCCAGCUAUCAUGUUGGAGAACGUCAGAAAUAUCUAGGCAACAUGAUGGCCAUGUAGACAAUCUUUAUAGAAUUCCUUCAAACCAUAAUAAGUACAAAAUGAAAUCUUUAGUCUAAAAGUCUCUGAAAAUCUUUAAAUGAAGCGAGGUACCAGACUUUGUACGAUGAAAGACAAGCUGUGAAGCUUUGUGUAUUCAGCAAAUAUGAUGUCCAACACUGAACAGUGAUUCUGGAUAUUGACUACUGUUUCGUAGAAUUCUUCGUCAGCGUGGUGGGAGGAUAUAGAAUUGCUUCAUAAACCCAUCUUAUUUCGAAUGAAUGUAUAUAAAUGAAAAUAUCAAAUUCUGUGGAACAGUGCUCAUGUAAUAAUGUAGUCACUGCUCAUGGGAGAUGUAGUCCAGCUAUCAUGUUGGAGAAGGCUGGCCUAUCACUGCUCAAACUGUAGUAUCUUCCAGUGUGCAGUGUUUUCCUGUAGUUAACUGAAAGUUGUUAAUGGAAUAAUAACAGCAUCACUACCACCAUCACCCUGUGCAAUCGAAGGCAGAGCAGAUCCUUGCAGCUUGUGGGGUGAAGCUGCCCUGGCUAUGUUGGAGGCUGAUGCACGAGCUGUCCCUGGCUUCAGCGUUGAUCCAGCCAAACUGGAAUAAUAGAAUCAUCGAAUUGUAGAGUUGGAAGAGACCCCGAGGUCCAUCUAGUCCAACCCCCUGCAAUGCAGGAAUCUCAACUAAAGCAUCCAUUACAGAAGGUACCCAAUUCCUUCACACAGCACAUACGUAGCUAAACUAUGGAAUUUGCUUCCACAAAAUGAAGUGAUGGCCACCAGCUUGGAUGGCUUUAAAAGGAGACAAGUCAUAUCUGUGGAGGAAUAAUAGAAUUGAAGAGUUGGAAGAGACCCCGAGGUCCGUCUUGUCCAACCCCUGCAAUGCAGGAAUCUCAACUAAAGCAUCCAUGGCAGAUGGCAUCCAACCUCAGCUUAAAAACCUCCAAGGAAGGAGAGUCCACCGCCUUCUGAGGAAGUCUGUUCUGCUGUUGAACAGCUCUUACUGUCAGAAAGUUCUUUCUGAUGGUUAGUUGGAAUCUCCUUUCUUGUAACUUGAAGCCACUGGUUUGGGUCCUGUCCUCUGGAGCAGGAGAAAACAAGCUUGCUCCAUUUCCCAUGUGAUAGCCCUUGAGAUAUUUGAAAAUUUCUAUCAUUUCCCAUUUCAAUCUUCUCUUUUCCAGGCUAAACAUAACCAGCUCCUUCAACUGUUCCUCAUAAGGUUUGGCUUCUAGACCCUUGACCAUCUUGGUUGCCCUCCUCUGCACAUGUUCCAGCUUGUCAACAUCCUUCCUGGUGCAUAGAAUUGGAUGCAGUCUUCCAGGUUUGGUCUGACCAAGGCAGAAUGAUCUGGGAGUUUAUGAAUGCAAAAAUAAAGCUGCAUGACCUGCCUGUACCAAGGACUUUCUUAAAUAUAUAUUUAUGUAUUGCUUCGGAUAACAUUGUAGCCAUUGACCUCACAAACAACAAGGCUGCGGUGGUAAACUGCCCCCCCACUCCAAUGUAGGACAUUUUUAGCACACACUUUCAGUUCUACCACUUUCCCAUUAAGCUGUGAGGAGGUUAAGAUGGGAUCGGCAUAUCUCUUUGAUCCAGUCACACUUCUGGGUGAAGCCCGCCUGACCCAGCCUCGAGGCCAGGUCAGUCACACUUACCGAUUGCAUCUCCUGCUUCUUGUAGGUCAGCUCUGUGGCUCAGAAGGAAAACGGGAGGCCUGUUGCUGUGCAUCUCAAAUUCUGACAUUCCGGUCCAGGAAAAGGAGCGCAGCACUCUCGCUAUCUCAGAAGGUCAACACAGGGUGAAGAAGAAGGGAAUGCAGGAGACUCUGUGGAUGUUGGUGCAUUUGUUGGUAGCUAGCAUUUCUUGUAAUUACUGACAGACAAGGAAAAUAAAAUACACUUUGUCAAAGGAGUGGG